AUGUCUGACAAAAUGUCUAGCUUUCUGUACAUCGGGGAUAUCGUCUCCCUCUACGCAGAGGGCUCGGUGAACGGCUUCAUCAGCACUCUGGGGUAAGGAUUGUGUGAACGGGAGGGUCCCGCCGCGGCGGAGGGAUGCGCGGGUGCGGGUGCGCGCGCCUUUGGUUACCAGCGCCUUGCUUUUAGAAGACCUUCCCUGUGCGCUUCUUGCAGUCCUUGUUUACUUUCGAUUUCCUGGGGAGCUACCGCUGUUCAGCCUUCUUUGACUUUGAGAGAAAAAGGACACCAAAGUUGUAAGGCACAGGAAGCAACAGCUGGAGAGGAAUGGGCAGCGGCCGCAACCCUAGCACUGAAGCUUCUGCUAUUGCGCGGCGUAAAGAGAGGAAGAGAAAAAAACGUAGGAAAUUAUUUUAAGAAGCCGGGUCUCUUAAACUUCGGGCAACUUCGCUGCGUGCAGCCGUAACCGCGCGCUGGCCCAGCUGAAAGUGAGAGCGGCGGCGAUCUAGCCAAAAGAAACAGCAAUUUUAAGACGCAUUUGUAUCCGUGGGAAAGGGGUUGCAGUGCAGUUUUGUCCACGUCUGCCCUGUUGAGUUCAGUGAGACUUGCCUCUAAGUGAAGUGGGUUACAUAGGAUUGCAGCCUUAAGCAAUGUGCUCAAUUUUGCCAGAGAUCAGUGAGAUUAAAGCGCUUACCCUUGCACACCUGAGCCUAUGAACGCUUGCCGGAAGUAAGCUUCGCUGCUUACUUCCCAGUAAACACGCACGAGACUGUCAUUUCUUAUUUUCCCGCUGCUGCUGCAGUACUGAUGGCUAAGCUAUUUACUUACUGUUGUAAGUAAAUGCUGAUACCUUUUUUUGUUGCAUUCUGUACAUUACCUAUUUGAAUCUAAUAAUCUGCAUUAGCUAGAAUGUGCAUUUGAUUUUAAAACGUCCUUUUCAGUUUGUUUAUCCCACAUUCACAGUGUUCAUAUGUGUACCUAAAUAGCCCAGGAGAAGCACAAAAGUGUCUUCAGUAUCAUAUGUGAAAAUAUAUUUUGGUAUCAAAGCAUAAUAAUAAUAAUAAUAAUAAUAAAAGUGUGGGGAGAAAUUGGUCUCAUUGUUUUUUUAUAGGUUUUGAAAGAUCUUAUUUUAGCUGCUGCAAACUAAGGGAACUGCAGAUUUUUCUUUGCAUAGUCAGUUCACAUGUGCAUAAUCACUGACCAUAGCAUUGUGAUGACUUUGCUCCAUGUGUAUGUCUUCCCAUGAUGGGAGAUACACUUUUUUCUUUUAAAGUAACCCUCUGCUCAGUUCUUUAAACAAUAAGCCAUUUAAGCAUGACCAGGAGCCUGUUCUCAUGGAUGUUAAAAGUUUAUGGGUGUGCAGUUUAUUCACCCGAGUCAACUGAGGUGCCCGUUUUCAAGCAGGGGGCUUAUUGCGUAAACAGCACUUCCUGCUGAGGUUUCUGCUUUCAUGCGAUUACUAAAACAACGGCUCCUCUCUGCAAUAGCUGCUUUCACGAUAAGCUUUUCAAUCAAUCAGCCUGAUAAUAGUUACCAUGGCAUAAACCUGGCCCGUAAAAACAAAAAGAUAGUCAUUAUGCCACUGUUUAUGUAAGAACUACUUCAAACUUUGUGGUAUACUUCAUAGGUAUAGUGAACAGUGACUACCACAAUUUAUCCAAGGGAAUGUGGGCUGAAUAACUGUACUUCAUUGAAUAUUAUAGUUGACAAGCCUCCAGGUUUCCACAGUGCAUUGGUUUCCAGGUUUAAUGUCACAUUUCUGUUCUCAUUUUUGUAUCUGUAUCUGAAUAGGUUGAUGCAGAUAGUCUCCACAAAGAGAUGUUCCUGGCCUGUAUCACUUGGAAUUUCAAGGGGGCUAUUGUUGAAUGCUUCCCUGUACACACACAAAAAAGACUUUAUUCACAUAGAAAACUAGAUGUCAGGAAGGUUUAUAACUUACCCUUUCCCCUAAUGUGUUAGUUCUCUAUAGGUUUGAAUGGGGGAGCAUUUAAAACUGAUUUGCAGUCUGAAUUUGUGCAGUCUAGGACAGACAAAAGGAAGUACUACUUCAUACAGCACAUCAUAGUUAAGCUAUGAGGUACAGUAUCACAAGAUGUAGUGAUGGUUGCCAGCUUGGAAACCUUUAAAAUGAGAUUAGGCAAGUUGAUGGCAUGUAAUGCUUCCAGUGGCUACUCUUCCAAUUGCUGCGGAGCAGGAGACUGCUGUUGUGGUCCUGUCUGCUUGUGGGUUCUCCAUAGGCAUCUGGCUGGGCCCUGUGUGAAGACAUUACUGGGAUAAAGAGUCUUUGGUCUGACUCAAUAUGGCUGUUGUUCAGUUUUAUUGCAUGAUCUCAGUUAAUGACUGCAGUGGCAGUAGCCGCCCAGAGUGGCUGGGGAAACUCAGCCAGAUGGGCGGGGUAUAAAUAAUAAUAAUAAUAAUAAUAAUAAUUGCAACUUAACCUACACUGUGUAUUGUUACUGCUUCCUAGAGUUUUGUCUCCCAGUCACCAAUUUUCAGUUGAUGGGGCAGGGGAAACUAGUCUGGCUGUAACCCUUAUUGUGGGGAGUCUGAAAUCAGUAAUCUGAAAGUGAUUGUGUCCCAAAAUUAAACUAAAGAUUGUCAGAUUUAUGGUUCUAUCCAUGUGUUGAAUAUUUACAUGUUAUGCUCCCUGCUGCCUUGUGACUUUCUUAGUCAUGUCCCUGAGGUGGAAUGUAUUUUAAAGAAGAGUAGUAUUGACUUGCCUCCAAAACAAAUUCUUUAUGCUAGAAAUAAUGUUCUGAUUGUGUUAUUUACAAAGCAUCCUGAAAUGACUGUAGGUAAUACUUACCGUAAGUUUGUCCCUUUAAAAACAAGACAGUGUAAUGUUGCAAUCCUAUGGAGCAAGUCCUAUUGCACAUCAGCAUAGAUAAUUCUCAAGUUAAUGCAUAAGAUUGGAUUUCAUGUUUCUAGCCAUGUAUUUAAAUGAUUUUGGUAUUUGGUUUUCAGACUCUUACAAGGUGAAACUGUAUUUACAAAUCUUCAAAUGUAGUUCUUUCAAAAUUAACAUAUAUUAUUUUUUAAAAAAAUAACUACUGUUUUCUUUAUUUAAGGUCCCUUGAAGAAUUGAGUACAUUGGUCACCAUGCAUGUUGUCGUCGUCUUCUUCUUCUUCUUCGUCUUCUUCUUCUUCUUCUUCUUCUUCUUCUUCUUCUUCUUCUUCUCCUCCUCCUCCUCCUCCUCCUCCUCCUCCUCUUAGUUUUUAACUGGGGUGUUUGUGUUACUUCCUGGUGCAACUGGACUUCUCUGCGACCCUUCUCCUCUGCAGGGAGGUGGGACUGAUUCAGAUGGUCUGCCCCCACCACUUAAUGGAUCCAAAUGGUUUCCAGAGAAUGCUGGGGAUGUUUUCUCCCACGUUGAUGGCCUUUCAGCUGAUUCCCUGGUGGCCCGCUGGAAUGUGGCGUUAACUAGGGCUAUCGAAUAUCCGGCUCCGAAGCACCCUCUCCGAUUGCAUGGAGCUCAGACAGCCCCAUGGUUUUCCCCAGAGCUGAGGGCAAUGAAACAAUCGUUGAGACGGCUAGAGUGCUGGUGGUGGAAAACUCAUUCUGAAUCAGACCGGACACAGGUUAGAGCUCAACGUCGAGCCUACCAAGUGGCAAUAGCGAUGGCGAAGAGGACCUUCUUUAUUGCCUCUAUUCCAUCUGCAGAAAACAGCAGCAGGAGACUCUUUCAGGUGGUUCGUAAUUUAACGGAACCACCUGUACCAUAAGGGCCUGAUAAGGCCCCCAAGAUCUCCUGCAAUGAUUUUGCAAAGCUUUCUGCAGAUAAAGUCGCUCAGAUUCGGAAAGAGGUAGACUCCACCGUGGGAGCAAGGCCGUGGCAGGAGAGUGCCAGAGUCUUGUCUAGUCUAGUUGCAUAGGAUCAAUUUCAAUCUUUUACCUUCAAGGAUGUAGACAGGUUGCUUGGACAAGUGAAACCAACCACCUUUCCCCUUGAUCCUUGCCCCAUCCUGGCUAAUAAGAGCAAGCCGGGUAGGGCUGGGCGAUGGGCUCUGCGAUGUGGUGAAUGCUUCCCUCUGUGAGAGAGUCUCCCCAGCCCCGCUGAAAGAGGCAGUCAUUAAACCGCUUCUUUAAAAAACAUCUCUUGACCCGGCCAAUAUGGCCAACUAUUGCUCAGUCAGUCUCAAAUCUUCCAUUCUUGGGCAAGGUGAUUGAGCAGGUGGUUGCUGAACAACUCCAAGCAUGCCUGGAGGAUGCGGACCAUUUGGAUCCCUUCCAAUCAGGAUUCAGGCCUCAUCAUCAUGGGACUAAAACUGCCUUGGUCGUGCUGGUUGAUGAUCUCUGGCGGGCUAGGGACAAGAGUGAAAGCUGUUUCCUAGUUCUGCUGGAUCUCUCAGCGGCCUUUGAUAUCAUCAACCAUGACAUCCUUCUGGACCGUCUAGAGGAGCUGGGAGCUGGGGCAGGUGACUGGGAGUGGCUGCUGAGACCAUAUAACACCAGUCCUGAAAGACCUACAUUGGCUUCCAGUACAUUUACAAGCACAAUUCAAAGUGUUGGUGUUGACCUUUAAAGCCCUAAAUGGCCUCGGCCCAGUAUAUCUGAAGGAGCAUCUGCACCCCCAUUGUUCACUGAAGUCCAGCUCUGAGGGCCUUCUGGUGGUUCCCUCGCUGCGAGAAGUGAGGUUACAGGGAACCAGACAGAGGGCCUUCUCAGUGGCGCCUGCCCUCCCUCCAUAUGUCAAGGAAAUAAACAACUACCUGACUUUUAGAAGGCAGCCCUGUUUAGGGAAAUUUUUAAUGUUUGGUGUUUUAUCACUUUAUUAUUAUUAAUAAUAAUAUUCUGUUGGGAGCUGCCCAGAGUUGCUGGAGAAACCCAGCCAGAUGAGCAGGGUAUUAUUAUUAUUAUUAUUAAUUACAGAGCAAACAGGUAAACAAAGAAUGGUACAUAUAUUGUCUCUACUUUCAAUUCAUAUUCUUUUUCACAGUUCAUUUAUGUUUGGUGAGAGACAUUUUUUGUCAUAGACAUCUUGCAGUUGGGGAAAACGGGAGUGGGGGAGAGAGAUGGGGAUGUUGUUAUUUCAUUCUACAUAUUCUUAAUGUAGGGGGGGUUGUGUCAGCAUCACAUGGGUAGGUUUUCUGUUUGUAUAUUUAUUUAUUUUUAUUGAUAUUGUGAGAGGUUAGCAUUUCCAAGAUUGGUUGGCUGUAUUUAGUUGAUUGCGGUGUGGCUAACUUGUGGAAGUUCUGGCUUACUUGUGGAAGUAAUAGGGCUAGUUCUGGAGUUGCUUCUAUUACUUGUUUUGUUAUUUUGGGAAUUUCCUGCGGCACUGAUAUCCAGAAGGAUUGGACUUUGGGGCAUUCCAUAUUGUUCUCUUCUUGAUGAAGACUAAAUACGUUUAGACUUUGGGUACAAUACAGCAAAUUUAGGCUGCAAACUUAUAUGAACAGAACUGAGAGAUCAGUGGAACUUACUUAUCAGUAGAUAUGUAAAGGACUGUGUUAAAGCCCAUUGAUUUGAAACCAGUGGGUAGAUAGCUUGAUCAUGCCUUAUUGAUUUGGCACUCAUUAUUAUAAUUGUUAACUUCUUAAGCACCGCUCCGCUAUGCUUGUCAAAUUGUAUGUUUGUUUAGCCUUUAAAUUGUGAUUUCAGUGGGCCUGAAAACACUACUCGGGCACUUCAUAAACGUGUUUGGUGAUGGCUUUCUAUCUUUACAUAAGGGUAUACAGUGGUACCUCAGGUUACGUACGCUUCAGGUUACAGACUCCGCUAACCCAGAAAUAUUACCUCGGGUUAAGAACUUUGCUUCAGGAUGAGAACAGAAAUCGUGCUCCGGCGGCGCGGCAGCAGCAGGAGGCCCCAUUAGCUAAAGUGAUGCUUUAGGUUAAGAACAGUUUCAGGUUAAGAACGGACCUCUGGAACGAAUUAAGUACGUAACCACAGGUACCAUUGUAAUGCAAGAGACAUUCUUUUGAACACUUCUUUACUUGAAGGCUUUGUAGCAUAUGAAAGCUUCAUGAGUGCAUCUUUGAUGAUAAAGAUAUACUGUAUAGCAUAUUCUCCCAACUCUAGAGAGAAAAAGAGGGAUACUUCUAAAGUAUAUUAACAACCUUUUUCUUGCACUAUGGAGAAUAGGAGGCCUUGUUGCUUCCACACUUUACAUAUUUAUGAAAGCUAAGAAUUUGAGUGGCGUUUUUGUUCUUACAGGAGAUCUGGUUGUACUUUAUGAACCAGAGCUGCAGCCCAAGCAAACUGGGUUAUUGGAAGGGUGCAGUUUGUGCCCAUGUACAUGUAUUUACAUUCAUGUGCCCUAUUUAUAACGAUGUGUUUGUCUCACUCAGAGAUUUAACUACAGUGGUACCUCGGAUUAAGUACUUACCGUAUUUUUUGCUCUAUAAGACUCACUUUUCCCCUCCUAAAAAGUAAGGGGAAAGGUGUGUGUGUCUUAUGGAGCGAAUGCAGGCUGCGCAGCUAUCCCAGAAGCCAGAACAGCAAGAGGGAUUGCUGCUUUCACUGCACAGCGAUCCCUCUUGCUGUUCUGGCUUCUGAGAUUCAGAUUUUUUUUUCUUGUUUUCCUCCUCCAAAAACUAGGUGCGUCUUGUGGUCUGGUGCGUCUUAUAGAGCGAAAAAUACGGUAAUUCGUUCCGGAGGUCCGUUCUUAACCUGAAACGGUUCUUAACCUGAAGCACUACUUUAGCUAAUGGGGCCUCCUGCUGCCGCCGUGCCACCGGAGCCCUGUUUCUGUUCUUAUCCUGAAGCAAAGUUCUUAACCUGAAGCACUAUUUCUGGGUUAGCGGAGUCUGUAACCUGAAGCGUAUGUAACCCAAGGUACCACUGUACUUCUAGAGAAUUAAUUUUGUUGGUGAACACUUUUAUUUGUUUUGAGAAGACAUUCCUUAUCUCUCCCAAAUUCUGACAGCAUUUUUUUUACCAGAGACUCCCGAAAAGAGGAACAGCAUUUACAUUGUUUGUGGUCCUACUGUAAUUCUCUCUGAAAGCCAAUGGAAAGCUUUAUAAUAGUUUCCAUGAUGUGUAUUAAAUCCAAAGCAAACAUACACGCUCAUGAGACAGUCAGUAGAUGUGUCUCAUGGAUUGUCUGAAUCAUGAAAGGUUUGUUGAUGUACUCUGGAACAAAGCAGCUCCAUCCAGUUUGGUAUGUGGUUUGCUUUUGAAAUUCCAAUUUAUCUGUAAUAAAACACAUAGUAGUGGCUUUUAUUCUCUGGACAGUUACGCUCCUUAAACCACGUGGGUUUUAAUGGAUUUAAACAGUAUAAACUUGUUAAAAAAGUUCAGCCAAACUGAGAAAUCUACUCUAAAGAAGACAUGCACAAACAGUUCUGCAGCAGUUCUGCCUUUCAUGGGAUUUCUACACCAUAAUCAUUUAUGGUAAUUACUGUUUUACACCAGUUUUACAGUCAUUUACAACAGUUUAUUGAUCUGCAGUUCUCACUGUUCACUAGGGUCUACCUGUUCAUUAAAUAAGUUUAGAUGUGUGGUGUAGGUGUGCCCUUAUUCUAAAUAAAUGUUUUGCAAAAGUAAACAUGAUCUACAAUAUCCUGAAAAGCGAGGAGCAGCAUGGAAGUGAGUGGCCGCCACUGCCACAGACACCGCUGCCACCGCCGCUCCUCGCUUUUCAGAAUAUUGUAGACAGUGGUGGGUUCUGACAAUUGGCGGGCCGGAUUGAGGACUCUGGUGGGCUGGAUCCAGCCUGCGGACCUUAGUUUGAGGACCCCUGCUUUAAAGUAAAGAUCCAUAGAUUUAGCUAAGCAUUCUUUACACACUGCAAAGUAUCAUUUCUGGUUCCUGGGGGGAUGUGCACCAAAGUUUAAGUUAACAGAGACUAAUGCAUGAUUAGAGACUGUUAUAGACCCAAUUUCUGCAUUCACCACCUGAUGAAGAUCACCUUUUGGUAUUAAUAUUAGGUCUAUCCAUGACAUUGAUUUACAGUGGUACCUCGGGUUAAGUACUUAAUUCGUUCUGGAGGUCCGUACUUAACCUGAAACUGUUCUUAACCUGAAGCACCACUUUAGCUAAUGGGGCCUCCUGCUGCUGCCGUGCAGCUAGAGCACGAUUUCUGUUCUCAACCUGAAACAAAGUUCUUAACCUGAAGCACUAUUUCUGGGUUAGCGGAGUAUGUAACCUGAAGCGUAUGUAACCUGAGAUACCACUGUAGUAGCUUUCCCCAUUAGAAGCAAUAUCUUUGAAAAAAGUGAAUAUGAGGGCUAAAUGGUGGACAUACAGAGAGCUGUUAACCGAAGUAGAAAAUCAGGUAAAAUUAAAAAACUUUGAAGAGAAGAGAACUGGUAACAAAUUGGUCACAGUUUCAUCAAAUUAAAUGAUAUUUCUAAGACAGAAAGGUUUUAGUUAUGAGUUAUCAAGAUUUCAAAAAGAUGUCUUAGAAAAUAAUACAAAAUUAUUGUUGAAAAUGUAUAAUUUGCUCCUGGAAUGGCAUACAAAAGACGAACUGGUUAAAUCAGUGAUGAUACACUGGGCGAAAUACUUGGGACAUAAUAUACAAAUGAUAGACUGGGAGAGGCUAUGGAAAACAGAUUUGAAAUUUAUGGCAUGUUGUUCAUUGAAAGAAAACUAUAUGGAAAUGAUGUACUGGUGGUAUUUGACCUCUGUUAACUUAGCAAAAAUGUAUAGAACGAGCACAAAUAUGCUGGAAAUGUAAAGAAAAAGAAGGUACCUUUUAUCAUUUUUGGUGGACGUGUAAUAAAAAAAUUCUGGGAGAUGAUAUAUAAUGAAAUGAAAAAAAUGUUUAAAAUAACUUUUGUUAAUAAACCAGAAGCUUUCUUAUUAGCAAUUAUAGGUACCAAGAUUCCAAAAGACCAGAAAAGUUUGUUUAUGUAUGUAACAACAGCUGCACGGAUACUACUAGCCCAGAGAUGGAAGGAAGAGACAAUCCUGACCAGAGAAGAAUGGCAAAUCAAGAUGAUGGACUAUGCCGAAAUGGCAAAAUUAACUGGGAAGCUCAGAAAUCAAGAAGACAAGAACCUUUAAAAAGAAUGGGGAAAGUUUAUAAUUUAUUUAUGAAACCACUGCAAGCAGGUUAACACAUUUUCAGGAUUUUAACCACACUUGUAAAGUAACAGAAAGUAUAGAUAAUUUAGGAUAACAAUUUGGAUAAGUAUUGAUAUGCAGUUGUAAUUAUUAUGUUAUGCUUGAUUGAGUGGAGUCCAGAUCCUUUUCAUGCAUAAGGAAGCAAAACAAUUUCUUUCUUCUGUUCAGAGUUGUCUUAUUUCUUUAUGCCUUUUUUGGUUGUCCAGGCUGAAAGGGUACUCUUGCGUGCUUGAACUGGGGAGAGGCGUUGAGGAGAGUCUUGGAGCUGGAGCUCUUUGAGAAUGUUGUCAGCCUGCUAGUUCUGGUUCUGGUUUGUGCUGGACUAUGUCUGCUUCUUUUAGAGCUGAUGUAUAAGGUCGAAGAGCCCUCCGCCAUCCCAGUGUGACUUGGCUGAUGCCCUGGAAUGUGGUGGAGUCUCCUUCUUUGGAGGUCUUUAAGCAGAGGCUUGACAACCAUAUGUCAGGAGUGCUCUGAUGGUGUUUCCUGUUUGGCAGGGGAUUGGACUCAAUGGCCCUUGUGGUCUCUUCCAACUCUAUGAUUCUAUGAUUUUAUGAUUUCAAUGGUGGCUUUGCUGUAUCUUAGGUUUCUAAGCUUCAGUAGUGCUUUGAAAAAUGAAUGAGCCUAUAAUGUUCAAAGUGAAUUUCUAGAUCUCUCAGGGUUUCCCCCGUUCUGCUUUCGCCUCUUGGAACCCGGUCAGCUCUUUCUGUGUCAUUGGGGGACAGUGGUAUGUUUAAAUUCAGGGAGAGUAUCCAGUCAAUAAUGAACUGAACCACAUCCCCACUUCCUGGAUCUCUAGUAGGCCUCUUAGAUGAUUCCCCCCCCACCACCACCUUUCCCAUCUGAUUGUUCCUCCAGCUUCAUAACUAAAAAUCUCCAGUAAUUUGUAAGAGCUGGAUCUCAGACUGGUUGGUUAGAGCAAGAUUGUGUGCAUUAUUUGCUGUUUUAGAAAUAUCUGAUAUUUGGUUAGAAAGCAUAUCAAAUUUCUGCACAAACGGAGCUAGAGCAUUGGUUGCCAGAUGUGAAAUGUAUUGGCAUUAUUUUCAGCUCUCCCACCCCACUACUUAACCAUCUCCCUGUCUGAACACUCUCUCAGAAACUGCUCCUUUUAUUUUACCUUCCAAAGUACUGGCUCCACUCCCCCCCCCCCACUAGCUCUCUGGUGGAGUUCUGAGGUACUACAUCACCAGACUCUGGUCUGACUCUGCUGUCCAUCACAGUCAUCUGGGGUAGCUAAGGGGCCUGGAUUGGGUUCCUAUCUGGUAAAAUGACCAGAUCCAGAAGAACCACGGCCAGCCAGCUCUGCCCACCCCUAUGUUCUGCUGCUUUGGGGCCCUUCACUAGCCAUUGCCAGCCAGAACACUAUUGGAGGCCUCUGUUACCCAGCCAAGCGACCUCUCCUUUAGCUUGACCACCUCCAGCAGCAGUGGCCAAGGGGUACCAGAAUUGUGGUGUACAGUGGUACCUCGGGUUAAGAACUUAAUUCGUUCUGGAGGUCCGCUCUUAACCAGAAACUGUUCUUAACCUGAGGUACCACUUUAGCUAGUGAGGCCUCCCGCUGCCACUAUGCGAUUUCUGUUCUCAUCCUGAAGCAAAGUUCUUAACCCAAGGUAUUAUUUCUGGGUUAGCAGAGUCUGUAACCUGAAGUGUCUGUAACCCGAGGUACCACUGUAUCUCCAUGCCAAGAAAAAGUCACCUGAUUUAUUUCUCCAUAUCAGGUUGCUCUUUAAAAGGCACAGGAUCAGAGACGGGGGCGGGAGGAUUGGAAACGCAGCUGAGUGGUAAUGAUGUGGGUUUCCUGGACAUUUUUGAAACGUUUUCCACAAUUAUUUCCCAUUGCCCAAAAUUAAUAGCUAUUGAUUCAGUGUGUUUAUUUGAUUUACAUUUAGGCAACAAAACAAAGCAUGUACGUCAUAUUAAUUCUACCUGCUGUGCAGAAACUCUGAAAAGUUUUUCCAAUAGGAAAAUGCUGUUGAGUGGAAAUAUGUGGAAAAUAUUAGUUUGUGUAGAAAGUAAAUACAGAUCAAAUCCAGCACAGGCCUAACUGGAGUGGAGGUGGGGAGUGAGGAUCUCUUUGAAGUUCAAUCUUUUACACCAGAGACGGUACAUACUGCAGGUUUUCCCCCAGCUUCGUCAGUUCAGAGCGUGUCUGUUUGUUUUUCAAAUCUUCAUAUUUUCCCAAACAGAUGCGUCCAGCUAUGGGGUGGCAUUGCAGGAGUGUCAGUCCGUCCCUUGCUCCGUGACCCAGUGCCCCUGCCGUGGGGCAAACCGCGGGUCAUUGAGACAGUCCUCCACUGCCCUGGGGAGGCUGCCAGGGCUAAUUACCCCCAUAUCAGCCCUGAAUUAUCGAAACGGCUGGAGUCUGAUCGUGUGGGAGUCCGCCAUUUCCCACCGCCGGAAACAGGAAGUCCAUCAAUUCAAUACUUGAGCCAUUGGGAGGGGAAUACUUUGGAUCCUGCUGAUUCUUGGAAGCCUUGCCAGCAGAAUGUCCCAUUUUGUUUCCUAAAGCCAGCUUCUGCCAGUGGAAGCAUCUCUGGGGGCAGAUCUACACCCAUAGAACAGUUUUCACCAGUAGUGGAGAGUCUCAGCAAUGCGACUCUGUGCCCCACUGAUGGGACUCCUCUUUCCCGACCAAGCCUGCAGAUCUGGGGUUUAAGAUUGUACUGCCUGUGUAGUUAAGUUUUCAAACAAAUUCAAAGCUUUGCUUGAAAUUUAUUUUUGCUGGAAUACUUGUGAAUAUUUUAAGACACAACCACUCAAUAGCAUACACUUCCCUUACUUUAUUUAGAUUUUAAGAAGAAAAUGAAAACACCGAAAAGGCUCCUCAUACUAAUUUUAGCAUGCUUGAAGAGUUGUUCAUAUAUUAUGUGCUUCUUUGGGAUCAUCACCUGGGAAAUAGUUCAGUCAUUUAUUUUAGAUUUGAAUAGCGAUGGCCUGAUUUACAAGCAGAGCUAGACCAUGGGUUAGCUUUGCAGGGACAAUCUUUUGUGAACCUUGGACUUGCACACGUUACCCUCUCUUCUUCUCUAGCAUGGCCAUGAGGCGAUCAGAAGCUUCUGUCUCCAUUUUAGACCACCAAAUUUGGGAUUGUGCCUGAACCCUAAAUUGUGGUUAAUUUUAUUCAUGGCUGGUUGAAAUAUUAUAGUUUCUUAAAUAUGGUUGUAGGUUGAUUUAUUUUCAACUAGCAAAGAUUAACCAGUUUGUCAGGACUUGAUGUUAAAAAAUCUGUGAUUAACCUAAAAUGGAAGCAAAAUGAACUUCUCCUUGUGGCUGUAUCAGAGGACAAGGGACCCUACAAGUCCCACUCUGCCUUGUCUUCUAAUGCUAAACUAUGGUUUAGCCAAGUGUAAUAAUUUCAGUUGCUCUGUUUGACUUGUAUUGUAGUCAUUAAUAAUGUUCGUAAUUAAUGUCAUGAAACAAUGUCUUUCUAAAAGUGGAAAUUUUUCCAUGCCAUAUCACUGCUGCCUAGUGGGGCACAGCUCUCGAUUAAGGCUCACUUAGCAACCAAGUUCCUGGUUUUCAUGGUAGCAUAAGAAAACCAAUGCAAAACAAUGCAUUUCUUCCUCUGGCAAAAGAAAGUGUUUGCGUAAUAAGAACUACCGUACUUUUCCAUGUAUAAGACUAUUUUUUUCCUUUAAAAAUCAUGCUAAGAAGUGGGUGUUGUCUUAUACAUGGGAGCGCCUUAUAGACAGAAAAGUAUGGUAUGUCACAGAAGAUAGCUGAGUUGCUUUAGGGUAUUGCUAUUAUGCAAUAAAACUUGGAGAGGUGUUUUCAGCAGUCAGCAUGGGGCGGGGUGGCUUUAGCUGCAUGGAAUAAAUCGCUCAGCAUGACUUGGGUUGUUGUUUUUUGAGUGCAUGAACAAGAGGGGGAUUGUGGUGCUCUCAAGGUGGCAGGCUGGCACUUCAAAGUAGUGUCACAGCCCCAGUAGGAGUUGAGCCCAAGUAGGAGUACACCCUGUAGGAAUGAGAACAGCCCUGGGGCUUGCCCAUGGACCUAAUAUUUGACAUUAGUUAUAGGUACAUCAGCAGUGCCAGGAGCAUUUCUGCUACCACAUGACAUUACAGCAGUUGUAACCUGAGGCAAUUUACUGAUUUUUGCAAUAAGUUUUAUUUACAGCUUUCCCCUAUAUGCUAACUGGAAGUCAUUAUGCUAAUUCACAAAGCCACCUGUUAGAUAAUGCCUGGGCUGUUUCCAGUUUUCUGGGGGCCCUUGGUGCUAUUUUUCUAGAAAAAGAAGUGCUGGAACUCACCAUAAAUGUCUCCCUUGUUUUCUUAUAAUGGCAAUGGUGCCCACCUGAGAGGGGCCAAAACUGAGUUCCAGUGAGUUCUGGCUGAAAACAGCCCUGCAUGGAGCUGAUGGAAAAUUUGCAUUUUAAAAGAACAUGCUUUUAACAUCAGCCUGACACAUUGAUGUAAGAUGGGAAGCCUUUCCUGGCUUGAAGAUAAAUGGUGGGAGUUGCAUUGAGUUGAUUAAAUACAGUAUUUGUAUUCCGCUUUUCUAACAGCAAAUGCUGAGCUCAAAACAGCUCACAAUAAUCACAAUAGCAUUAAAAAACACACACAUUGCAAUCACUACAGUGGUACCUCCGGUUGUGGAUGGGAUCUGUUCCAGAGCUCCAGCUGGAUCCUGAGGUUUCAGCAACCAGAGGUGCCUGUUCUGUGCAUGCACGUGGCAUGUAGAGCGCUUCUGUGCAUGCACGAGCGGCGAAACCCAGAAAAAUACUUCCGGGUUUGCUGCUUUCACAACCCGAAGUUUACAUUACCUGAGGGUAACCGUAAGCUGAGAUUCUACUGUAUAAUAUAAACCAAAGAAUAUAAAGCAAACCACAAGAACGAAACCACCAAAACAAUGGCAGUGGCACAAGUACUCUCAGCUGCCACCUUGAUGCCUUAAGUUUGACCAUUUUUUUAAUAUGCCAUUGAUGGGCAAGAAUGGCCCCAGAUUGGAGACGAUGGUGGGAGCAGAAGUGAGUGAGAACAGUAGGGAGGAUGCAGCAGGCAGGAGGAAGAUGGAGGAAAAAGGCACUCUUUGUGGGGACAGACGAGCAAAAGAGGUGGUUGCUGUGGUGUGGUAUGUGUGUGUGUUGGGUGGGUGGGGGGGAGAAAUGACAGCAACCAUGACCUACCUUGGAUGCCAGCUGUGUUGUGCUUUCCAUGAUGAAUGGGCUGGGGAAUAAGAAGGUCCUGGAAGGGGCAUUUGGGUCUCAGUAUAAACCCAAACAAAUUCUGCUUCUCUUUGGGAAUAGGCUUUCCACAGUGUUGCCUCCUCUUUGCCUAAGUGAACCCAUAGCAUUGGCUGGCUUUCUGUGAGGUUUAAGCAGUGAAUGAAGUGGGGGAAAUGAGGAUUUUCUCUAAACACAAUGAAAGGAAACCUUAUAAUAAACUAACUGAAAUACAAAGCUUUCCCAGCACAUUACCUUCUAGCUCUUGUUUUCCAUCCUGUUUCUGCAUUCCAGGUCCCUUUGCAAGACUUGUACUGGGUACUAAUUCCUUAAGAAACACUGAAAACGUUCAUGUUAAGAGUUUGGCCUAGUGACAACUUACUUGUUCCACUGCCAGCCAUUCAUGGCUUUGCUUUUUAGGCCAGGGAGAUGAAGAACCAGUACCCGAUGUCAGCUGGAAGCUGUUUGGGCUUUCUGCUCCCAUCAGCUAUUACACAGCCCAAUCCCCACAACACACUUUUGAGCUGACAUUAUCCCUGAAUACUCACUCUCUCCUUUGUAUGGGUCCACUUAGUGGGCAGUUGGUAGUUUAGUAUUGGUCAGCACCAUAUCAUAUCUUGCCUCUCAGCACUCCAUUCUUCCUUGGUCAAUUUUUGUUUUCACCUCUUCGGACUCGCUCAAGAAUAAAAUAUGGGCAUCCAGGUUUUGCUACAGGAAGCAGAGAUAGCAAGGCUUAGCUCUUGCUGCUGCUCUUCAUCAUCAUCAUCAUCAUAAUAAUAAUAAUAAUAAUAAUUUUAUUUAUAUCUUGUCCUCCCCAGCUGAAGUUGGGUUCAGAGUGGCUAGCAACAGUAAAAUAAUACAGCAUUCUAAAAUCAAUUCUAAUGAAUUGAUUCAGUUCAAAUCAAAUUCAUGUGCUCUGCUCACUUCUGCAUCUCCUUACAUCUCGCACCAGGUACUCAUGCAUAACUUCCACUUGAGCCCAGCGCAGUACUUUUUCUUCCUCUGCACUUCCUCCAACCUAUGAGUCCUGGAGAUGGAAGUUAAUUGGGAACAGAGAAGUGGAAGAAGAAGAGGAAAACCCCCUAGAGAGUCUGCAAUAAUUUGCAGCCAGCAAAUUGGGUUGGGUUGAAACUUGCAACACAGUCUUCUCAAUAAAGUUUUUUUUUAAGUAUUUUCACCCAUCUGCAGAUUGAAACCUUCCCCUUGCUCCUGGUAGCUGGCAGGCAAACAUGGAGAUUUCAGGUCAGCCCUGGAAGUUUGGCAACCCUAGUUGUUGCUCAGGAGGCCCUAUAUCAUAUUGCAAAGGCCCACUUUCCACCAAGUGCAUCUCUGCAGAUGGCAGAACAUAAAGCAGAACCUCAGUUGUGAAAAGCAGUGCAGAAGCAGGUUCCUGUGGGAGGUGUUUUCUCGAGGAUGUAAAUGGGUGAAAAUUUUCUCGCUAAUUCCACCAUGUAGUUUUGAUUUCUGGCAACUUCCAUUUCCCCUUCAGCAUGUAUGCUAGAGCAGGGGUCCUCAAACUUUUUAAACAGGGGGCUGGUUCACUGUCCCUCAGAUACUGUUGGGGACCGGACUAUAGUUUGAAAAAAAUAUGAACAAAUUCCUGUGCACACUGCACAUAUUUUAUUUGUAGUGCAUAAAAAACAGGGGAAAAUACAAUAUUUAAAAUGAGGAACGAUUUUAAUCAACAUGGGGUGGGGUGCUAGCCAUGGCUCCUUUGUCGCCCCAACUCCCCACACUGCAGAUCCGUGCGCUUCUUUCCCGCCCAGCCCGAGUUUCCCACGCUUACCCAGAUUGAAGAGUAUGGUUCCCUUGAGGCUGCUGCUACUGUUGCUGCAGGUCCCAGCCUCCAGCUUCUCCUGGGUCUUGUGCAGCAGCACAACUUGGUGGUGGUGGUGCUGCUGCCUCUCCUCUUCGGCCCGCUUGUCCGUCAAAAAUAAAUCCUGUGCAGCAUGCUGGGCUCUGUGGUCUCCACCGUCUUGAAGUACACGCGGUCCUGGGCCAGCCCCAGCAUGAGCAGCGGAGCCCAGCAGCUGCGCACCAGCACCAGCUGCUCGUUCAAGGGCAGCUCGUGGAAGCACGGCACGUUCUGAAUCUUGACAAAGUGCAGCGUCUUCGCCAUCACCAACUUGCACGCCACCUGCGGACUCUGGAGAGCCACGUGCUUCUGCAAGCUGCAGGAGCAGCUGGGACCUGCCGCAUGCCUGCUGGAACUAGCCGCCGCCACCACUGCCGCCGCUCCUCACUUUUCAGGAUAUUGUAGACAGUGGCAGGUUCUGGCAAUUAGCGGGCUAGAUUGAGGACCCCUGUGCUAGAAGAAUGCUAUCUGGAUUGUUUACUAAGCACUGCUCAGUCUCCAUGGGAAAACCUCACCCCCUGGAAAAGUCCUCAGAACAUGAACCCCAUGUAGUAGUUCUGUAAUCUGUCUGUGACCUAGAGUAAUAAGGGGAGAGUGCCAUUAAUAAUAAUAAUAAUAAUAAUAAUAAUUUAUUAUUUAUACCCCACCCAUCUGGCUGGGUUUCCCCAGCCACUCUGGGUGACUUCCAACAGAACACUAAAAUACAAUAACCUAUUCAUGCGGAAACUAGGGGUGUUUCUCUAGGGAACUAUUAGGACACCCCAGAGCACUACUCAUUUACAAGCUGCGGGUUAUAAAUUGCUGGUUUAAAUUUCAGAGAGAUUUGCCAAAAUGACAUUAUGCUUGCUAGGAAGUGGAAAAGUUUUGUUGAUUGUUCAGUGUUCGGGCUUUCAGAGAGUUGUUCACUGGUAGUGAAUCUACCUUAAUUAUGCUUUCUCCAAUGUGCUUAUAAAAGUCAUAGAUGAAAGGAUUCAUGUAACUUCCUUUGGGAGUGUUUCUAUAAACGAAUAGAUCUCACUGCAUGAAUGUUUCCACUGUUUACUACAUUUUCCCUUUCUUAACAUGCAAAUAGUUUCUCAUGACAACUGACUUCAUGUUAACUGUUUAUUCUUAUUGUUACUUUAACUUCCCUUUUGAGAAUUGCUAGAUGUUGUAGGGUGACUGUUGUUAUAUUUACAACUCUUGUUAGAUAAUAGCUGAAAUGCAGAGUUCAUUGUCCUCAGUGUCAAGGCUGAACAAAGGAGGUGGAGACGCUCCUUCAGGUAUACUGGGCUGAUGCCGUUUAGGGCUUUAAAGGUCAGCACCAACACUGAAUUGUGCUCAGAAACGUACUGGGAGUCAAUGUACGUGUUUCAGGACUGGUGUUAUGUAGACUCGGCGGCCGAUCCCAGUCACCAGUCUAGCUGCCGCAUUCUAGAUUAGUUGUAGCUUCUGGGUCACCUUCAAAGGUAGCCCCACGUAGAGUGCAUUGCAGUAGUCCGAGCAGGAGAUAACCAGAGCAUGCACCACUCUAGCGAGACAGUUUGCGGGCAGGUAGGGUCUCAGCCUGCGUACCAGAUGGAGGUGGCAGACAGAUGCCCUGGACACAGAAUUGACCUGCUCCUCCAUGGACAGCUGUGAGUACAAAAUGACUCCCAGGCUGCACACCUGGUCCUUCAGGGGCACAGUUACCCCAUUCAGGACCAGGGAGUCCUCCGCAGCUGCCCGCCCCCUGUCCCUCCAAAUCAGUACUUCUGUCUUGUUAGGAUUUAACCUCAAUCUGUUAGCUGUCAUCCAUCCUCCAACCACCUCCAGCUACUCACACAGGACAUUCACCGCCUUCACUGGUUCCGAUUUAGAAGAGAGGUAGAGCUGGGUAUCAUCCGCAUGAACACUGAAGAACACCCAGCCCUGAUGAUCUCUCCCAGUGGCCUCAUAUAGAGGCACCCCACAAGUGAGAGCCCAGGGGUCUGAAAACUCAUCCCCCAACACCACUUUCUGGACACGGUGCAGGAGGAAGGAGGGGAACCACUGUAUAACAGUGCCCCCAGCUCCUUUAGACGGUCCAGAAGGAUGUUAUGGUUGAUGAUAUCAAAGGCCGCUGAGAGAUCCAGCAGAACUAGGAAACAGCUUUCACCCUUGUCCCUAGCCUGCCAGAGAUCAUCGACCUGCGUGACCAAGGCAGUUUUAGUCCCACGAUGAUGAGGCCUGAAUCCUGAUUGGAAGAGAUCCAAAUGGUCCGCAUCCUCCAGGCAUGGAGUUGUUCAGCAACCACCUGCUCAGUCACCUUGCCCAAGAAUGGAAGAUUUGAGACUGGGCGAUAGUUGGCCAUAUCGGCCGGGUCAAGAGAUGUUUUUUUUUAAGGAGCGGUUUAAUAACUGCCUCUUUCAGCGGGUCUGGGAAGGUUCCCUCACAGAGGGAAGCAUUCACCACCCUGCAGAGCCCAUCACCCAGCCCUUCCUGACUCGCUUUUAUGGGCAAGGAUCAAGGAUACAGGUGGUCGGUUUCACUCGUCCAAGCAGCCUGUCCACAUCCUCAGAGGUAACAGAUUGGAACUGAUUCCAUGCAACUUGACUAGACAGGACUCCAGCACUCUCCUGCCCCGGCCCUGCUCCCACGGUGGAGUCUACUUCUUUCCAAAUCUGAGCAACUUUGUCUGUAAAAAACUUUGCAAAAUCAUUGCAGGAGAUCUUGGGGUCUUUACCACUCCCUGGUGGCAAAGGUGGUUCCUUUAGAUUGUGAACCACCUGAAAGAGUCUCCUGCUGCUAUUUUCUGCAGAUGCAGUAGAGGCAGUGAAGAAGGUCCUCUUGCCAUUGCUAUCGCCACUUGGUAGGCUUGACUCUAACCUGUGUCUGGUCUGAUUCAGAGUGUUUUCCACCACCGGCACUCUAGCUGUCUCAAGGAUCGUUUCAUCACCCUCAGCUCUGGGGAAAACCACAAGGCUGUCUGGGUUCCAUACAAUCGGAGAGGGCGCUUUUGGAGCCAGACAGUCGAUAGCCCUAGAAUCAUAGAAUCAUAGAAUCAUAGAGCUGGAAGAGACCACAAGGGCCAUCAAGUCCAACCCCCUGCCAAGCAGGAAACACCAUCAGAGCACUCCUGACAUAUGGUUGUCAAGCCUCUGCUUAAAGACCUCCAAAGAAGGAGACUCCACCACACUCCUUGGCAGCAAAUUCCACUGUCGAACAGCUCUUACUGUCAGAAAGUUCUUCCUAAUGUUUAGGUGGAAUCUUCUUUCUUGUAGUUUGGAUCCAUUGCUCCGUGUCCGCUUCUCUGGAGCAGCAGAAAACAACCUUUCUCCCUCCUCUAUGUGACAUCCUUUUAUAUAUUUGAACAUGGCUAUCAUAUCACCCCUUAACCUCCUCUUCUCCAGGCUAAACAUGCCCAGCUCCCUUAGCCGUUCCUCAUAAGGCAUCGUUUCCAGGCCUUUGACCAUUUUGGUUGCCCUCCUCUGGACACGUUCCAGUUUGUCAGUGUCCUUCUUGAACUGUGGUGCCCAGAACUGGACACAGUACUCCAGGUGAGGUCUGACCAGAGCAGAAUACAGUGGCACUAUUACUUCCCUUGAUCUAGAUGCUAUACUCCUAUUGAUGCAGCCCAGAAUUGCAUUGGCUUUUUUCCCUGCCGCAUCACACUGUUGGAUCAUGUCCAGUUUUUUGUCAAACAAGACUCAUAGAUCCUUUUCACAUGUACUGCUCUCAAGCCUGGUGUCCCCCUUGUAUUUGUGCCUCUCAUUUUUUUUGCCCAAGUGCAAUACUUUACAUUUCUCCCUGUUAAAAUUCAUCUUGUUUGUUUUGGCCCAGUUCUCUAAUCUGUCAAGGUCGUUUUGAAGUGUGAUCCUGUCUCCCAGUUUGGUGUCAUCUGCAAAUUUGAUCAGGAUGCCCUUGAGUCCAUCAUCCAAGUCGUUGAUAAAGAUGUUGAAUAAGACCGGGCCCAAGACAGAACCCUGUGGCACCCCACUAGUCACUCUUCUCCAGGAUGAAGAGGAACCAUUGAUGAGCACCCUUUGGGUUCGGUCAGUCAGCCAGUUACAAAUCCACUGAGUGGUAGCAUAGUCAAGACCGCAUUUUACCAGCUUCUUUAAAAGAAUAUCAUGGGGCACCUUGUCAAAUGCCUUGCUGAAAUCAAGGUAGGCUACAUCCACUGCGUUCCCUUCAUCUACCAGGCUUGUAAUUCUGUCAAAAACGAGAUCAGGUUAGUCUGACAUGACUUAUUUUUCAGAAAUCCAUGCUGACUAUUGGUGAUCACAGCAUUCCUUUCUAGGUGCUCACAGACUGUUUGCUUAAUGAUCUGCUCCAGAAUCUUCCCUGGUAUUGAUGUCAGACUGACUGGGCGGUAAUUAUUUGGGUCCUCUCUUUUCCCCUUUUUGAAAAUAGGGACAACAUUUGCCCUCCUCCAGUCUGCCGGGACUUCGCCUGUUCUCCAGGAAUUCUCAAAGAUGACGGCCAGUGGUUCUGAGAUCACAUCUGUCAGUUCUUUUAAUACUCUUGGAUGCAGUUCAUCUGGCCCUGGAGACUUGAAUACAUCUAAACUAGCCAAGUAUUCUUGUACUAUCUCCUUAGUUAUUCUGGGCUGUGUUUCCUCUGCUGAAUCAUUUGCUCCAAAUUCUUCAGGUCGGGCAUUGCUUUCUUUAUCGGAGAAGACUGAGGCAAAGAAGGCAUUGAGGAGUUCAGCCCUUUCUGUGUCCCCUGUUUGCAUUUCACCAUCUUCUCCUCUGAGUGACCCCACUGUUUCUUUGUUCUUCCUUUUGUCACGAACAUACCCAUAAAAGCCUUUUUGUUGCUUUUAACCUCUCUAGCAAGCCUGAGUUCAUUCUGUGCUUUAGCUUUUCUGACUUUGUGUCUACACGUGCUGGCUAUUUGUUUGAAUUCCUCUUUGGUGGUUUCCCCCUUUUCCAUUUUUGUACACAUCCUUUUUAAUCUUAACUCAGUUAAAAGUUCUUUAGAUAGCCACCCUGGCUUCUUUAGGCACCUUCCAUGUUUCCAUCUCAUUGGUAUUGCCUGACGUUGUGCUUUUAGUAUCUCCCUCUUAACAAACUCCCAGCCAUCAUGAACUCCCUUUCCUUUUAGUAUUACUGUCCAUGGGAUCUCACCCAGCACUUCCCUAAGUUUUAUGAAGUCGGCUUUCUUAAAGUCAAGAAAUUGAGUCCUAGUAUGCUUGGCUGCUCCUUUCUGCUGUAUAGUAAACUUCAGAAGAGCAUGAUCACUCGCGCCUAAUGAUCCUUCCACUUCUACCCCACUAACCAGGUCAUCAACAUUGAUUAGGACCAGAUCUAAAAUGGCUGUUCCUCUUGUUGCUUCUCCCACUUUCUGGACAAUGAAGUUGUCUGCAAGGCCAGUGAGGAAUCUGUUUGACCUUAUGCUCUUGGCUGAGUUUGACAUCCAACAAAUGUCCGGGUAAUUGAAGUCCCCCAUUACUACUAUCUCCCUUCUUUUUGCAUGCUUGGCCAUCUGUUCCAGGAAGGCAUCAUCUAUGUCCUCCGUUUGGCUUGGGGAUCUAUAGUAAACUCCCACCAUGAGGUCACUGUUAUUCUUCUCUCCCUUAAUUUUGACCCAAAUGCUCUCACUUUGGCUUUGAGGUUCUAAAUCUUGGAUCUCUUCACAGGUAUACACAUCCCUGACAUAUAACGCCACUCCUCCUCCUUUCUUGUCUGGUCUGUUUCUCUGAAAUAAAUUGUAUCCCUCCAUUAUUACAGCAGGCCACCAGGGAAUCAGCUGAAAGGCCAUCAACAUGGGAUAAAACAUCCCCUACCACUCUUUGGAAACCAUUUGGAUCCAUUAAGUGGUGGGGGUGGACCAUCCGAAUUGGUCCCACCUCCCUGCAGAGGGGAAGGGUCGGAGAAAAGUCCAGUUGCACCAGGAAGUGAUCUAACCAUGGCAGAGCCAGUGUGGUGUAGUGGUUAAGAGCGGUAGUCUCGUAAUCUGGUGAACCGGGUUCGCGUCUCCGCUCCUCCACAUGCAGCUGCUGGGUGACCUUGGGCUAGUCACACUUCCUUGAAGUCUCUCAGCCCUACUCACCUCACAGAGUGUUUGUUGUGGGGGAGGAAGGGAAAGGAGAAUGUUAGCCGCUUUGAGACUCCUUCGGGUAGUGAUAAAGUGGGAUAUCAAAUCCAAACUCUUCUUCUUUUGUUUCACUUUUACUUAGUGUCAGAUCACCCACAUCUAUAGAGGUAAACACCAGGUCCAAGGCAUGUCCACAACUAUGAGGUGGGCCAGACUUAUUCAGGGACAGCCCCAUGGAAGCCAUGCUUUCCAAGAAGUCCCGAGCGGCCCCUGGUAAGGUCGUGCCGACAUGGAUGUUAAAAUCCCCUAGGACAGGGGUUGGCAAGGUUUACCAGCCAUGGGCCAGAUCACUCCCACGGAGAUUGUCUGUGGGCCGGACUGGCGCAGCGUGAUGCCAGAAAUCACGUCUGCGCAUGUCCACGGCGCCGGAAAUCGCUUCUGCGCAUGCCCACAUACCAAAAAUGGCACCUGCGCAGAAGCGAUUUUCGGUAUCUGGACAUGUUCAGAUGCAAUUUCUGGUAUCUGUGCGUGCACAGACGUGAUUUCCGGCACCGCUCGGCGAGUCCCUGCACCGCACUGGUUUAGCGCAGCACGAGGUGGACUCGCCAAGUGGGUGGCUCGGUUCAGGGGUGGCUCGUGGACUGGUAAAACAGUCUUCGUGGGCCGCAUCCGGCCCAUAGCCCACACGUUGCCGACCCCUGCCCUAGGACAACCAAACUAGGUAUCUCCAGGAAAACAUCUGCCACAACCUGAAGCAGCUCAGGCAGGGAAUCCUUGGUGCAGUGGGGAGGUCGGUACACCAAAAGGAAUCCUGUACUGCCCCUAUUGCCCAGCUUCCAAAACAUGCACUCAGAAAACUGGGUCUUCCCAAUAGGACACCUGGUGCAAGCUAAUGACUUCCUAAAAAUCACUGCAACCCCCCCCCCCGCCCAUAUGACCAGGGUUGCUGUUAGAGAAACCUGGUAGACAAGCAGCAGCAAGAACAGGCCCAUCUGCUUCAUCCAACCAAGUCUCUGUUACACAUGCCAGGUCAAGUCCCCCACCCACAAUCAAGUUCUGGAUAGCAGUGGUCUUAUGAAUAAUAAUAAUAAUAAUAAUUAAUAAUUUAUUAUUUAUACCCCGCCCAUCUGGCUGAGUUUCCCCAGCCACUCUGGGCGGCUCCCAAUCAAGUGUUAAAAACAGUACAGCGUUAAAUAUUAAAAACUUCCCUGAACAGGGCUGCCUUCAGAUGUCUUUUAAAUCAUCAUCAUCAUCAUCAUUGACCUCGCAUUGCACAGCAGCACCUUCAGGUCAUGUGGGUCUCCCUUGUUGAUUCCAGUAUCCAUCCAGUCAAGACCAGACCCGGAGGCAGGGAUAGUCCUCAAACAACAACGAAACCUGCCUCCUCAGUAAUGACAUGGUCUGGUCUUAGCAUAACACUUCGUCCUACCCAUGAUCACUGAGAUUGGGUGUCCCAGUGCUACCCCCCCCCCCGGAACCUGCCCAAACAAUCUGUUGGCUGGGGCCCGCUCCCAGGCAACAAUUGACUCUACCUCUGGGGAAGUCAUUUAUUGAGGUUGGACGAGGGGGUCUCAUCCCAGCCACCCCAGCUGCAUCUUUGGUGGACAUCAGAAGGGAUUGUGGGGUGUAGGGCUGUACUAUAAAUUGAUAUAUUGUCUGAUACCAAAUUUUAAAUAAAAUUGUGAUGACUGUUUUUUUAAAAAAAUGACCUUGCAAUAUAUCACAAAUCGUGUACGUGGUGUUCAAAAAGCACAAUGUUGGAAGAACCGGGAAGCCAACAUUUCCUCCUGUGUGUGCAGCCCUUGCUAACGCUGCCUCACUCAGCUCUUCUCUGCCAGCAGGCUGCUGCAAAAUAUUUGAGAAUGGUUUGCUUUCCCCUGCUACCACAACAAGUAGCUACAACAGGCUGAGCAAAAAAUUGCCCCUCUAAAAUCACUGCCUCUUUGAGAACAGAUUAUCACUACAAGUAGAACAGGCUGCUGCAAAAAUCACCUCACACUGCCUCAUUGAGAAAGUGUUAUCGAUACAAAUAGCUAAAAAAGGCUGAGCAAAAACCACUGUCUUUGAGAAACAGAUCUUUCAGAAACCAUUCCUACAGUCUCCCCUGCCUCCCCCCCUGUGUUAACCCUUUCCCUUCCAAAUUACUUGCUUCUUUGUUCCAGUGAUGAGCUUCUCUCUCUGUAGCACUACCCUUCCAAGGAACUUCUUUUAUUGCUGCCUCUCUCCCUCUCCCUCUCUCUCUCAAGUUGCUUGCACUAAGCUGCCACAAGUGGGAGGGAACCCCCCCCCCGCAAUUCUUGGCUUGCAAGUUGCUUCAGAAUAAAGGGGGGAUGACUGUGUUGUGUACACCUUUCUUUUGGGGCAGAAACAACGCACAGACUAUAUGGCUAUGCCAGCAGUGGACAAUGAAGAAUGCUUUUUGAUAUGGUGGACAUAUGGAGGCAUCCUUCCUGAUGUUAAAGAAGCUUGCAAAUAAGUUUUUGCCUAUCCCAGGAACAAGUGUGCCAUCUGAAACUGUGUUCAGCACUGCUGGCAAUGUUCUUCAAAGACAAAUGGCAUCUCUAUUGCCAGAGAUUGGACUGUUUCUGUGAUCCCUAAGGAAAUGAUCCUUUUUUAGACUAUUAAAAAAUAUUUCAUGAUGAACACAUGAGCAGAAUUUGAGCUAUGAGCAACAGAAGUAAUUGAGAUUAUAAUAUUGUGGGGAGAGCUGAAAAUAAUGCGAAUUCUGACACUCAUGUUUCUGUUUCGUAGCUCAACAUGGUGUUUUGGAUUUUUCCAUUAAACAAAGCUGAACUUGGCAAUUGCUUUGGGCUAUAAGAGAUCUUAAUACAUGCCAGGCGACCCGCCCCCAUGUGUAUAUAUAAAACCAGUGCUUUUCCCCCUAGAAAAAUAGGUGCCCGUACUCACCAUGAUGUUGUUACAGUAAGUGCCACACUUUUUUUUUUAAAAAAAAGAGGUGCCGGUACUGUGUACCCUUGAGUGCCCCCUGAAAAAAGCGCUGUAUAAAACACUGAUGUUUGUCUGUUUGGCUGGUGUAAUGGUUCUAGGGGCUGCUCGUGCGUAAGCCGGUGCCAACACCUGGCUGGGUUGCCUGAGUGAACCUUUUCUGUCCGGACAGCCACUCACCCGUGGCUGUCUCAAUCGCUGGCAGAAUCCGUCAGUGGGUGUUUCUUAAACUUCUUCCAGCAAAGAAGCUCUUUGACGCCUAGUCUCCUCCUACUCUCUCUGCGCGAAAGCCUUCUGCGCAAGGAGGGCGUAGGCAGUGGAGGACCCCUACUCUCCCCGCUGGUCCCCGGCAAGGAGUCAUGGGACCGCCUCGCCGCUUCCCCCAUCUGCCCCCCUUCUCCACUGGUGCUACGCUGAUUCUCUUCCCCAGAAGAUGAGCUGCCUCUCCCCAUCCUGGGACGCUCUCUGGAAUCCCUCUGGAUUUUGCUCUCUCCCUCCGGCACUGAUGGCAGUUCCCUGACAUCCACCUCCUCCUCAGGACCCCACCCCCUCCACCCCUGGCGCGAUCUUCCGAUACAACCUCCUCUCUCUCCUCGGUCGACGAUGCGGGGAAUCCCCUGAAGGAACUGUCAUCAUCUUCUGAGGAUUCAAAACCAGCCUCCCAUCCGCUCGGAUCUCUUCCCGCUGGUUGAACCUCCCAGUCUGAUCCUUCUCCCUCGGACACCUCCCCUCCCUCCUCUUCGGAGGCAGGAAAACCCACAAAGUCCCCUUCGUCAUCUGUGGUUCCAAAUUCUUCCUCCCAGAAUCUGGCUAAUGGUUUGGGCUUAUCCGGGAACAAACCGUGGAAUUCUUCCACCAGAUACCCAUCAGUGAUUGAUUCAGCAGGGACCCAAGUGUUUUCAGACCUAGGUUCCCCCUCCCAAGCUACCAAGUACUCUACCUGGCGACCUUGCCACCUUGAAUCGAGUAUUUCCGUGACUUCGUUACAGUGUUCCCUCUCCUCUACCCGCGGGUGGAUGGUAACCCCUCCCUCCCAUCCUGGGAAUUCCCGCCCCUCCCUGUAAGGUGAAAGUAGGGACCUAUGGAACACUGGAUGUAUCUUCAUGCUGUCAGGCAACUUGAGUUUAAAUGCCACUGGGUUAACCUGCUGUAUUACCCCAAAAGGCCCCAGCCGCCUAGGCUGCAACUUCUUGCACCCUCCCUUUAGGGGCAACCCUUGGGAUGACAACCACACCCAGUCUCCCACCCUUAUGGCCUCCCCCUCCCGACGGUGCCUGUCCGCCUGCCUCUUGUAAACUUCCUUGGCCCCAAAGACUUCCGGAGGCGGCGCCAUCGGCAACGGCGGAUUCCCUCUAGUCUUGAGGGAGUAGCUCCGCGGAAAUCGGGUCUUGCCGCUACGGCGAAGCAGGGACCCCUUCGAAAACCACAGGCGGGUGAAGCCUGUGACCGUGGGACUCGGCGGGCACCCUUAGCGCCCCCCAAUCUGCGAGGGAACCCUGUAAAGAGUUCCGGAGCGAAACGGGGAGUCUGGCGCGGUGCUGAGAGUCAACUGCUUCUUCCGUGGAGUGAAGCCGCGCAGCUGUUGCCGGAGAGCGCUGACCUUUUUCCUGUGACAAUUUGGCUAAUAAACAACUACCCGUGAGUAGGUUAAGUUUGAAGAUUGGGAAAUUUAAGGGAAAAAGGACUAAUUUGGCACUGAAGCGGGAAGGCGUAAACAGGAAGUCCGCCUUCCGUUUUCUGUAAAUAGAUCAAAGCGAAGACUGUCUAAGCUAAGACCCUGAAAAUCAUGUUGAAAAAGACUCAAAUCUUAACAUUAAUUAAAAGAGAACUCCCUCCCUGAGGUGCAGGAGAGGGGAGGGAGAAGGGGAAGUAUCUUUUGCCUGCAAAAAAAGAAGAGAGAAAGGGAACAAAGACCAUCACUUAAUGCCUGGGAACGGACUGUCAAGGGACAAUGGAACUGCCGUAUCGUGAAUCGCGCAGUUAAAGGACAAUACAACUUUUUGACAGCUAACUCUGUAAGAGAGAUACUUUGAUUCUGAAGGGUCUCUCUGGACCUGAAAUUGUUGCUUUUCUUGGUUAAAGGGGGGAUUUCUGAAAGUUGGAAAAGUUACUUUAUUGUUACAAGUCUGGACUGCUACUGUGUCCCCCUAGAGGAACUUUGAAAUUGCUACAAUUGGCCAGGGAAUUUUCCACUCCAAACUGGCCAAGGGGAAUUUUCCACUACAAAACAAGUAACCGUGGUAUUGACCUUGAUCCUUAGAUAAAGUGUUAUGGCAGACUUGACUCAGGAAAAAACAACAAGAUCGGGUAAAAUUAGACUGCAGCAGCGUAGGCCGUCAGCAUCCGGCCUCCCUGCCCCACCAGGGGAAGAUCCAGCUCAGGUGGCGCCUAAAGGAAUGGCAUCUGAAGGGGGUUUAGCUUCAGCACUAGAUAAAUUUUUUGAAUCUUUGGAAAAAUUAAGCAAACAAGUUGCUGAAGCGACAACUAAAAUUGAUCAAAACACGUCAAGCAUCAAUAACUUGGGGCAGAAGGUGAACUCAAAUACAGAAUCAAUAGAGAAACUGCUGCAGGAAUCUACUUUGAACUGAAAAACAGCUGAAGAAGCCAAGGAAAAAGCAUUGGCUGUAGAGGAAAAGAUACCACCGAUAUGUAGGCAGCUUGAGGACCACAAGUCAUUGCUGUCGAUGAUUGAAUUAAAAGAAAAACAGAUAAAUCUAAGGAUCAGGGCUGUACCUGAACUUGAGAAAGAUAGUUUGAUUGACUUUCUUACGCAGGAAUUUGCAGACUUUUGGAACCUAGACUCAGACAAGUUAGAUUUUAAGAUAGUAAGUGCUUUUAGACUUGGAAGAGGGGGGAGAAAGAACAGGGUGAGAGACUGUUUGAUUACCCUCCGUUCAAGAGAGGAGAGAGACAGAAUAUUAAGUCUGCACUUCCAGAAGACCUUGGAAAUAAGUGAAUCAAGAGUGGAGAUAUUUAAGGACAUCCCUAAACAUCUUUUGGAUCUCAGGUCCAACUACGGAGAUCUAGUGGCCCUGUUAAGAGGAAACAGAACCAUUUUUAGGUGGGAAUUCCCCCAAGGCCUAUCUUUUACCUUUAAAGGGAAAAAGUUUAAAAUAAGAUCAGUGGAAGAUAAAGAAAAAUUUCUGAAAGAACACGGAGAAGACCUGCGAAAAGAAGCUGAAGAAGAGCUAAGAGCCUUAAAACCAGGAAUACAAGACAUAGUACCACUACCUGUGGGAUUGGGCAAGUUAGAGAAGGUGAUACCACCGACAGAACAAGAACAAUUACUUGUCGCAGUUGGAGGAAAAGCAAAAUAAACACAUCAUGUCCCUGCAACUAUUAAGUUGGAAUAUUCAUGGAUUUAACUCCCCGGAGAAAAGGAAAAAAGUCUUUCAUUUAUUGAAAAAGGAACAAUUGGACUUGAUUUGCUUGCAGAAACACAUGUGAUAAGGCUUCAUAGGAAAGUAUUGAUUAAUAAAAGAUUGGGUCAAGAGUUUAUUUCAUCGGACAAGGUUAAAAAGAGAGGAGUAGUAAUUUACGCGAAAGAGAGCCUAUCACCGAAAUUUAUUUUUAAAGAUGACCAAGGAAGAUAUGUGGCAUUUGAAAUCCAAACACAAGGAGAAAUUUUUUUGAUAGUAGGAGUAUAUGCACCAAAUGAGGGGAAAUCUGAAUUUUUUAAGAAGUUGCAUGAGACAUUGUUAGACUAUAUGGAUUACAACAUUAUCAUGAUGGGAGAUAUGAAUGGAGUGGUAUCUACAAACAUGGACAAGUCACAGAGACAGGUAGUUACUAAAGAUGGCAGACUACCAAAAACCUUUUUUGAGAUGACUGACAAUAUGGACUUGAUUGACAUUUGGAGAAUAAAGAAUCCCUUGGGCAGAGAGGGAACCUUCUUCUCUGAAGCCAAAAUGACAUAGAAUCAUAGAAUCAUGGGCAAGAAUUGACCAAAUUUGGAUAACUAGAGGACUGGCACCUAAGACUCGAAAAGUGGAAAUUUGCUCAGCCACAGGUACACUCCAUCCUUCCUCCCCCCACCCUGGGAAGGCCCUGGGGGUGACACCCGUAAUUGGCCAUGAAAGGGCUCAUUCCCGUGGACACGUGUUCAGCGUUAUUGUACGCAAAUUCAGCCAAAGCUAAUUUCUCUACCCAAUCGUUCUGUCUCUCGCUGACAUAGAAGCGUAGGUACUGCUGGAGUAUACCGUUCGCUCUUUCAGCUUGUCCGUUGGUUUCUGGGUGCCUCGCCGUCGAGAAGCUCACCUCGACCUGUAGCAAGCUCAUGAGUCUCCGCCAGAACCGGGAAGUAAAUUGUUUCCCACGAUCCGAGAUUACCCUCAAUGGAGCCCCAUGCAGUCUAAAAAUGUGAUCCACAAACAGCCUGGCUGUCUCCUCUGCCGUUGCUGCAUGCGAGCAAGCUACGAAAUGGCACAUUUUAGUCAGUAGAUCGACCACUACCAUGACCGCUGUCUUUCCCCUUGACUUGGGCAGAUCUGUCAUAAAAUCAAUGGACACCACCUCCCAGGGCCUUUCCGGUGUAGGUAAGGGUUCCAGUAGCCCCGCGGGGGCAGCCCUUUCCCCCUUUGCCCUCUGGCAUCAGUCGCACCCUCGUACAUAUUCUCCUACGUCUUCCCUCACCUUUGGCCACCAGAACUGCCUGGUGACAAGUAGCAUGGUCUUGUGUGGUCCAAAGUGCCCAGCUGUUGGGUUGUCAUGGAGUUGUCUAAGUACCUUCCCCCUCAAAGUCUCCCCUGGUACAUACAGCACCCCCUUAUAGUACAGUAGCCCUUCCUUUUCCUCAAACCCUCCAUUGUCUUCCUUUCCAUCCCUGAGUUCCCUGAUUUUUGUCUGAGCAAACUCAUCAUCUCUGGUGAGCCCUGCCAGUUCUCGUUUCCCAACCAACGCUCGCCCACACACCCACCGGUCUUCGGGGAACACGUGCCUGGUCUCUGGUGGCCCCUCUCCUUCCAUGUACUCCAGUUUCCGGGAGAGAGCACCUGCCCAUACGUUUUCCUCUCCCGGCACGUAUCGUAUCUCGAAGAAAAACUUGGCGAACUCCUGGGACCAUCUGAUCUGUCUCUGGUUGAGCACUCGCGUGGUCCGCCAGUAUUCCAAGUUCUUGUGGUCAGUUCGGACCUGGAUCUUGUGCCGUGCCCCUAUCAAUAGAUGUCUCCAUUGCCGAAAUGCCGCAUAGAUCGCAAGCAGUUCUCGGUCGUACACCGUGUAGUUUUGCUCCGACUUGCUCAGCUUCCUAGAGAAAAAGGCACACGGCCUCCAGUUCUGCUUGGCCCCGGGCUGCAAAAGUACCGCUCCAAUCGCGCGGUCGGACGCGUCCGUCUCCAGUCUCAUGGGCUUCUCUGGAUCCACGUGCAGGAGCUCCUCUUCCGAGGCGAACGCCUUCUUCAGUUUUUCAAAGGAUUGCUGCGCAUCCUCUGUCCACGCGAACUUCUUCUUGCUACUAAGACAAUCCGUUAUGGGCGCUGUCAAGUGAGCGAAGUUCUUUAUGAACUUCCUGUAGAAGUUGCUGAAGCCUAGGAACCUCUGCACAUCCUUUCUGUUUUUGGGGGCUUUCCAUUCCAGCACUGCCUUCACCUUGCCCGGAUCCAUAGCUAGUCCUUUGUCUGACAACCUGUACCCCAGGAACUCGACCUCCCUGGCGUGGAAUUGGCAUUUUUCCAGCUUGACCCACAACUGAUGCUUCUUCAAUCUCUGUAGCACCUCCCUGACGUCUCUGACGUGUUGCGUUUCAUUGUACGAAUAGAUUAAGACGUCAUCCAAAAAGGCUAUGCAAUUCUUGUACAGCAGGGGCCCCAACACAUGGUGCAUGAAAGCUUGAAAGCAGGCGGACCCCGAUUGUAAUCCAAAUGGCAUGACUAAGUACUCAAAAGCCCCCAGGGGAGUGAACAUGGUCGUUUUCCAUUCGUCCCCCUCCCUUAUCCUAAUCAGAUUGUAUGCUCCCCUGAGGUCCAGCUUGGUAAAAAUCUUCCCCUGCCUCACACGUGUCAAAAUAUCGUCAAUCCUGGGCAUUGGGAAAGUCACUGGUUCUAACACCAGGUUUACGGCCCUAUAAUCCACAACUAAUCUGGGCUGAUUAGUCUCUUUUUUGUCCACAAAGAACACUGGACUGCCCCCACCGCCUUUGAUUCCCUUAUGAAACCUCUCUUCAGGUUCUUGUCAAUAAACUGCCGCAACUCCUGCAUCUCCUGGUCAGACAUGGCAUACAGCUUACCCACUGGUAACUGAGCCCCUGGAAGCAGGUUGAUUUGGCAGUCAAAUGGCCUGUGGGAGGGGGCAGUCUGUCUGCCUCCCUCUCGCUGAAGACCUCCUUCAAAUCAGCAUAUUGUGGUGGCACCUCCCUUUUUUGCUCCAGGGCCACCCCAGCCACCCUGGCCACAGUCAUUCUUGGUUCCUUCCCUCCCAGACAGUGUUCUAAGCAGUAAGCUGACCCAAAGGUGAGCGACCGCUGAUGCCAUGACACCACUGGGUCAUGUAUUGCCAGCCAGCUCAUUCCCAGUAUUAUUGGGGGUCCUGCCAGCAUGGCCACGUGAAAGGCAAUGGUUUCCGUGUGCCUGGAGACACUCAUUUGGAUUGGCGGUGUCUGGUGUGUGACUUCCCCUCCCAGGAGUUCCCUGCCAUCGAUGGUGGUCACCUGCAAGGGAAAAUCUAGUGGCAACAGGUGGAGCUGGUGCUCCAGAGCGAAGUCUCUGCUGAAGAAAUUACACGAGCUGCCAGAAUCUAGCAGCCCCUCCACUUUGACAGGGUGCCCAUUUGGGAGUUCUAGCACCACCUCUAUGGCUAUAGCUGCCUUGGGAGGGUCAGGCUGGGGCACUUCUAUUGGUUGCUGGCCUGGCUGCUGCCCCUGCUGGUUGGCAGCCAGGCUUUGUCGUUUCCCUUCCUCUCCCUUCUCGUUGUGGCCUGCAGCCCCUAUCAUGCCUUGCCAGGCUUUUCGUUGAGGGCAGACCUUUGCAAAAUGUCCCGGUCGCUAACAGAGGAAGCACUUCUUGGUAGUUUUCCACUCCUUCCCCUCCCUUUUCCGCCUUCCCCAGCGUUUGAAACUUCGCGCGCUCCAUCAAUUUCCAUCAGCUCCGCCGCCUGGGAAGGCUCCCUUGGCAUCUCCGGAAUGUGGUUGCCAUGGAAACGUUCCGCCCUUAUCUCCCGCUUCUCCUGAGCCCGCGCUUCCUGGCGUACACCGAUCGCAAGCACAGUCUUUGUGAGUUCAUCCAUCGACCACGGGCGGGGCGCUCGGGACAACUCGUCUUUCACUUCGGGGUCCAAACCCGCUUCAAACAACAUUUGUACUGGUUCAGAGUCCAGAUCCCACCCGAGCUUGUGGACUAACAUCGCAAAACACGACCAGUAGUUUCUGACGGACAGGCUCCCCUGCUUGCACCCCAUCAGCUCCCUCUGUGUCACGCUUUGCUCCACCUCGCUGGAGAACAUCGCGUCCAUUGCCUGGUAGAAUUUCUUAAGAUCUUUCAAUGCAUCAUUCUGUGUCGCAUUAGGGGCCUGAUCUAUUCGCGCGCCCCAUCCUGCAGAUGUCCAACAAUGUAAGCCACCCUCUCCCCGUCAUCCGCAAAGUCAUUUUUCUGCAAUUCCAAAGCGUAUUGAAUUUCCGUUCAGAAGGCAUUGUAGUCUUGGGGCUUUCCACCAAACUUGUGUACCAGCCCAGGGACCUUCCUCCCUAUUGGGGUGGCUCUGACCUGUGCAUCCUGAGCCCGUCUCUCCUCCAGCCGCGCAGACAGGGUAGCGACAUGCGCCUCCAGGUCUCAGUUCCUCUCGACCAGACCUCACACCAUGGCUUCUUGCUCUGUCUCUCCGGCCGGCCCUGUUUGGCUCAUCGUGCUGCCUCUCCGGGGCUGCGCACAAGCAACGUCAGGGACUGACGGAUUGCUGUAAUGGUUCUAGGGGUUGCUCGUGCGUAAGCCGGUGCCAACACCUGGCUGGGUUGUCUGAGUGAACCUUUUCUGUCCAGACAGCCACUCACCCGUGGCUGUCUCAAUCGCUGGCAGAAUCCGUCAGUGGGUGUUUCUUAAACUUCUUCCAGCAAAGAAGCUCUUUGACGCCUAGUCUCCUCCUACUCUCUCUGCGCGACAGCCUUCUGCGCAAGGAGGGUGUAGGCAGCGGAGGACCCCUACUCUCCCCGCUGGUCCCCGGCAAGGAGUCAUGGGACCGCCUCGCCGCUUCCCCCAUCUGCCCCCCUUCUCCACUGGUGCUACGCUGAUUCUCUUCCCCAGAAGAUGGGCUGCCUCUCCCCAUCCCGGGACGCUCUCUGGAAUCCCUCUGGAUUUUGCUGUCUCCCUCCGGCACUGAUGGCAGUUCCCUGACAGCUGGUAAAAUAGAUAGCCAAUGUACAGGAUUACAGUUUAUCUUACUGUAUAUUGUACCCAAUAUAGGGCUUGUUCCACAAUCUAGCAUUGUCUGUUUAAAGUCAAGUAAAAGCAUAAAACUAUUAAACAUUUCUAAGCUUGCCAAAAUUUCUUCUGCAAUGAAGAGUAAAACUAUUUGCCUUGAAGUUUCUAGACAGAACCGUGCAUUAGUAAGUUGACCUGGAGAGAAUACUUCUUUCUUUGCAGCAUUGUGUCAUGAUUUGCAUCAAAAUUCAAUGGAAAUUCUUUGGAUAUGUUGACUUCACUUAUGUCAGUAAUUUGAAAAUAAUAAUGAAGUCUAUGCAUUAUGCUUUUUCUUCUAGGCUGGUGGAUGACAGAUGCGUGGUUCAACCAGAGGCAGGUGAUCUUUGCAAUCCUCCUAAGAAAUUCAGAGGUACGAAAUUGAGAGUUAAUUUUAGAAGUAGAAAUACAGUGGAUCCUCUUCUUGCCUAAGUUGAUACAUAUAUUAUAUAUUUUGAAGUUAGAUCCUGGGUUUUGUCAUAUUCUAUGCACUUGUGAGUUUCACAGACUCAGUUACAGUAUUUUUCGCUCUAUAAGACGCACUUUCCCCCCUUCAAAAAUUAAGGGGGAAUGUGUGUGUGUCUUAUGGAGUGAAUGCAGGCUCCUUGGCUUCAGCGAUAGCAACACGAAGCCUCCGAAGCGCAGAGGGAGCGCUCCUGCUGCGCUCUGGAGGCUUCGCGUUGCUUUCGCUGAAGCCGCCUAAAGCCUGAAGCCUCCAGAGCACAGCGGGAACUCCUGCUGCACUCUGGAGGCUUUAGGUGGCUAUCUUCGGAGCGCAGCAGGAGUUCCCACUGUGCUCCGAAGGCUUCGGGAAUAGCUGCCUGAAGCCUCCAGAGCGCAGCGGGAACUCAAAUGUGGUGGUGCAGCAGCAGCAGCAGGGAAGUAAAGAGUUAAGUGGCAUAUCAGACUGAUAUGUUGAUAGAUGCCACAGGAGCUAGGUGACUCAGGAGAUUUCUGCAGUGUGUACCAGUACUGCACUUGUGCUUUGAAAAAUUGUAUUAUAACAAAUACACAACAAGCUUAAAGCACACAGUGUGGGUAAACUUACAGGCUACAGUUCCUCUAGAAAACCACAGGUUCAAAGACAUGUGUGAUAGGUCGUGACUAGAUGUUAAGGUGGUGGGCUUGUGUAUUAGAUGUACUGAACAGUUAUAAAACCAGAGGUUUUUAAAAGAGGAGCAGGUGGAAGCAGGAUGCUGAAUGUUACCCUUUCCGCAGCUACUUUACUCCUGGCUGGCAGAUCAGGUGGAAGCCCAUUUGGACGAGACAUAGCAGGGAAUGGGCUGAUUCAGUGUCAAAAUUAUCAGAUGGGAGGAGGAUUCAGCAGCUUCUCUGUCCUUCAUCCUGGCUCCUGUGCAGGUUGAGUUUCAUUUCAAGAUGCGCCGUCAAGCCUACUAAUAACCAAAGCCUAUGGGAAGAUCAUACUUAUGGCUCCAAGAUGGAUGCUGAGCUGCAAAGCCGACAAGAGCCUAAGAGGUGCCUUAUACUGAGUCAGACCACGGGUGCAUUUAGUUUUAUAUUGUCUACACUGAUUAGCAUGGUUUCAGGCAGGAGACGCUCUCUAUCCUACUUGGAGAUGCUUUUUAACCUGGGACCUUCUGCCUGCACUGCCACUGAGCUGCAGCCUGUUCCAUAAAGCCGAGAGCAGAUAAUGGGAAUUGUCUGAGCAGCUUCCAUCAAAAUAUUAAAAAUACAAUAAAACACCAGACAUUAAAAACUUCCCUAAACAGGGCCUCCUUCAGAUGUGUUCCGAUAGUCAGAUAGUUGUUCAUUUCAUUGACAUCUGAUGGGAGGGCGUUCCACAGGGCAGACGCCACUACCGAGAAGGCCCUCUGCCUGGUUCCCUGUAACCUCACUUCUCGCAGCGAGGGAACUGCCAGAAGGCCCUCGGCGCUGGACUUCAGUGUCCGGGUAGAACGAUGGGGGUGGAGAUGCUCCUUCAGGUAUACUGGGCUGAGGCCAUUUAGGGCUUUAAAGGUCAGCACCAACACUUUGAAUUGUGCUCAGAAACGUAUUGGGAGCCAAUGUAGGUCUUUCAAGACUGAUGUUAUGUGGUCUUGGUGGCCACUCCCAGUUACCAGUCUAGCUGCCGCAUUCUGGAUUAGUUGCAGUUUCCGGGUCACCUUCCAAGGUAGCCCCACGUAGAGUGCAUUGCAGUAGUCUAAGCGGGAGACAGUCUGCAGGCAGGUAGGGUCUCAUCCUGCAUACCAGAUGGAGCUGGUAGACAGCUGCCCUGGACACAGAAUUUACCUGCGCCUCCAUGGACAGCUGUGAGUCCAAAAUGACUCCCAGGCUGUGCACCUUCCCUGUUGUUUCAUGCAUGCUGCCCUUUUGUUUCUAAGAUGGGCACUGACGCUCAUGUUUCUGUUUUGUAGCUCAACAUGGUGUUUUUGAUUUUUCCAUUAAACAAAGCUGAACUUGUCAAUUGCUUUUGGCUACAGGAGAACUUAAUACAUGCCAAAUUCCAAAUCACCUGCCUCAGAUUAACCCCUUGAUGUCGCUGAAUUGUUUGCCAAGGCACAGGGAAGUUGUGAGGAAAUGUGUUCCUUUUGCUUUUGUGUUUAUUUUCCUAGAGUGAAAAACUCCUUAUCCAAAGUUCUGUCUCAAAGUUCUGUUUUCCAUUAAAACUAACUCUAACCCUCACCUUAGAAAUUGACAUUGGAGUCACUUGCGGGUGUUGGCAAGAGGGUGUGGCAUGGUGAGGGAAAUGCCCUUAUGUAUGUUUGACUGUGGCUCACGGAGCCUCAAAUGUGCAUUUCCUUUAUCCCUACCCCACUGUGGUCCUGAUGGUGUUAAGUCAGGCACAGGGAAUCUCAGGGUGGAGGGUGGGGGGAUGCAGUCAUUUGGGUCUCUCUGUGUCAGGAGCCGGAGACAGAAGCAGGCCAGCAAUAAAACACCCACUGUCAAAUAAGUUAGCUCUUUAUUCAAAGUCACCCAAACAGUGCAGGCCUAGUUAUCACAGCAACUCUUCCCAGUAGGUCUUGCUUCAAUGAGGCAGUUGCAAAGACUGAAGAUCCACACCUUCUCUCCACUCUCCAAGACCUCCUCCUUUGGGUCCUUCCCCAGCAACCAGAUACUCCUUUGUUGUCUCUUUUUGCUAUUCCCUCUUCAUUUCACUUUGUGGUCUCGGAGACCAGAGGGGAGCUGAGCUGAAAGGAAGGGGAGAACCCCAGGCUUCUUUAGCAGCCUGUCUCAUAUUUGCCUCCUGGCCCCCCUCAUCUCCAGCCUCUGAUUCUGAACUGCUCUCUGCCACAGCUUCUUCCUGCUCACUAAACCCUGUUGCCUCUUUGGCUUCCAACAAUUCCUCCUCCCAGUCUGAUCCCUCUUUGCCCUCUGACCACUUAUUGUCGUCCCACCACUAAUGCCCAGGCUCUGAGCUUCCUUUCCAGACCACUUCUUUGCAUUCAGCCAGUCCAUUACACUCUGUCUGAGGCCUCAAAACUGUCCUCUGCUUUAUGUCCUUUUCUGGUGCUUUUGCAUGGCUGGAAUUUGUCCUUGAACUGCAAUAAUGCCUCUUGCUUGCCUGGAUGGAGAAAUCUCUGGGAUGCAGCUCGUCAGGCCUUGGAGAUUUGAAUUCAUUUACUACCUCUUUCCUAAAUUGGGCUGCAGCUCCCUCCUUACAUCAUUUACUCUGUUAUCACCAGGUUGGGCCUUGUUUUCCUUUUGGGUGAAGAUAGAGGCAAAGUAGGUGUUGAGUAGUUCUGCCUUUUCUCUGUUACUCAAUAACAUUUCUCCAACUUCUUCACACAGAGGACCCUACCACUUGCUUGUUCUUCCUCUUACUUGGGACAUAGCUGAAUAGACCUUUUAAAAUUAAUUUUAACCUCUCUUGCAAGCCUGACCUCAUUCUGAGCUUUAGCUAGCCUGACUUUCCCCUUGCAACUGCUGGCUACUCAUGUAUGCUCCUCCUUUGUGAUUUCCCCUUUCUUCCAUUUCGUAUACAUGCCCUUCUUAACUCUCAGCUCAUCUGUAAGCUCAUAGCAGCCACACUGGUUUCCUUAGAUGCCUCUCACUUUUCUUUCUUGUUGGUAUUGUCUGUAUUUGGGCCUUCAAUAUUUCUCCUUUAAGAAACUCCAAUCCUCUUCUCUUUGAGUAUUUCUGACCACCGGAUCACACCCAGUAGCUCCUUAGGCUUUUUGAAAUUUAUCUUCUUAUAGUCCAGAGUGCGUUUCCGACUAUGCUCAGUUUUCCCUUGCCUCUAUGCAGUCAUACCUCAGAUUACGAACGCUGCAGGUUUUGAACGUGCCUCCUGCACGGAUCACGUUCAUAACCCGAGGUCCAGAGUGCGUUUCCGACUAUGCUCAGUUUUCCCUUGCCUCUGUAUUGUGAAACCCAGGAGAACGUGAUCACUUCCUCCCAAGUUUCCGAGUGCUGUCACUUCAUUGGUCAGUUCCUCCCUAUUGGUGAGGAUCAGGUCCAAGACAGAUGAUCCCCUGGUUGUUUACUCCACCCUCUGGGAAACAAAAUUGUCAAUGAGGCAAUGGAGGAAUUUAUCAGACCUUCUAUUCUUGGCAGAGUUUCAGUCCCUACUGAUAUCGGGGAAGUUGAAGUCCCCAGUGACUACUAUAGCUCUUCUUUUUGAAUGUUUGGUAAUCUGGGGAUGGGGGCACUAGGCACAAAGCCCUCCUGUGGGAUUUCGGCGCUCCUGGACGCCGUCUCUGAUUCACGCCACUAGCUGCAAGAACUUCAAAAGAAACAAUUUGGAUGAAGGAAUGCACAUAUUUCGAGGAAGGAGGGGGAGCAAAGACUGCUAACAGAAGAGAUCUCUGAUAAAUCAAGACGAGUCGGAGGAACAAGCAUAGAUUAUGAGAAGAUACGCCAAGACUCGGUAUGGCAAAGGGGCUGAUGGGGGAGGGGGAAAAAAACUUUCCUUUCUUUCUUUUAUGUGAUUAAACAAGAAUUUCCCCCCCCCCACAAGUCAGGAAUGUCGCUUUAAGGACUUAAGCUGUGGAUUUAAGGCUGUGUGGAGAUAAACUUUCGAACCAAAGCAUGUUUUAAGAAGAGCGUGGAAUGUAUAAGGGCUUUGGAAUGACACAGUUAAAAAUGCCGUCGCCAUAUUAGGAAGUUCUGUCGGAGGACUUAAGUCUGAGAGGAGAAAUAGAGAAAUAGAGCUGUUUUUAUAUUGUGGAUGAAACUCCUCAGAGGGACUUAAGAUCGACAGUUCUGUAAUUAAUGAUGGAAAGAGCGAUGUUAUCUAUGAAGGCGAUGUUAUAUGGAAACCAUCUCGAUUUGAGGAUUGGAAGAACGGAAAAUUCACACAGGAUUAUUAUUGGUGUUUAUCAGCUUAAGGAGACUAUCAGAAGAGAUCAUAAAGAAAAAAGAGAAAAUAUAUGAACAAGAUGUGAUGUGGAAACAGCAAGAUAAGACUGGAUAGAAUUAUGAACUCUGUUUGGACUGAUUUGGACUGAUUUGGACAUUAACGCAAGAAUAUGAUCAGAAUCCCCCUUCGGAUCUUGAAAUAUGGGUCCCCUCAACAAAAUUUAAAAUUCGGCUUUGUAAUUCGGAAUUUAUGUGAUGUGAUUUAAUUUGAUUUGAUUGGCCGGUUAAUAAAUUUUUUUUUUUUAAAAAAAGAAUGUUUGGUAAUCUGCUCUAGUGAGGCACCAUCCAAGUCUUCAGUUUGGCUUGGCGGUCUAUAGCAGACACCCACAGUAAGGUCCCUGUUGUUUCUCUCUCUUACAAGUUUUACCCAUAUACUCUCAAUCUGCUUUCCAUGCUCCAGGUCAUGGAUUUCUUCACAAGUGUACACAUUAUUUACAUAUAAUGCUACUCCACCUCCCUUCCUGUUUGGUCUAUUUCUUUUAAACAGGUUAUACCCCUCAAUUCCUACAUUCCAGUCAUGAAUCUCAUCCCACCAGGCUUCAGUAAUGCCUACCAGGCCGUAUUUGCAAUCCUGUACUAAAAGCUCCAAUUCGUCUUGCUUGUUUCCCACACUCUGUGUAUUUGUGUAGAGACAACUGAAACCAUGAGUCGUUCCCUCCAGCUGCUUCCUUCCUGUAGUUUCUUGCCCUUUAGCAGGUUUCUGGAGCACUGCCUCAGUUUCCUGUGCAUCAAUUAAGCUAUUAUCCCCAGUGCCAGGUGCUAUUCUGUUGUUUGUAAUGUUGUCUCCCUCCUCAAGAUCUAGUUUAAAGCUCUCCUGAUCUUGAGACUUUUAGCAAAGCCAUUCUUGCCAACCACUGUGAGGUGCAGCCCAUCUUUCACCAGAAGUCCUUCCUCAAGGAAGCAGAGACCAUGAUCCAAGAAGCCAAAUCCUUCCUGACGACACCACCUGCACAGCCAUAGUAUUUUCUUCUCUCUUUCUUGGCCACAACCUUCAACAGGAAGGAGUGAUGCCCAGUGUCUCAUAGUCCCUGCCCAGUGUCUCAUAGUCCCUUGCUAUGUGUUGCAGGCUGUGUGUGGCAGUAUGUGUGGCUGUGUGUGGCAGUAUUAUUUGCACCCACAUGAAUCAGAAGGAGGGGGAAGUGGUCAGUAGGCUUUAUAAGACUUGCCAAUUUCUACGUCACAUUGUGCUGUGCUUUCCAAAGCCUGUUUGGAGUUUUCUAAUGUCUGCACCUGCUGUUCGUGAGUCUUCUCCACUUGUCUAUUGGAGCUUUUUUUUAUAGUGCUGGGAUAAGUUACAAAGGCAGGAACCUUAUGGUUUGAAUUACACCACACAUUUCCUUGCAUUUUGCUGGUUCAUCACUUCUGCAGAAAAUCUAGGACUGACUAGAUGAAAAAGCACUAAAUUUAUUGAGCUGUUAGCUCUUCUUGCUCUUGAGUGGCCCAAGAGCAGAGAUCUGUGAAAAUUAGCUUUUAUUGUUUACUAUUUUUCACACCCGGUGAAUAUGAGACCAAAACAAAAAAGGGAUAGUAGUGAAUUAUUUAUUAUUUAUUUAUUUAAUUUCUAUACCACCCUAUACCCGAAGGUCUUAGGGCAGUUCACAUAAAAUAUCAAAUACAUAAAACAAAAACAAAAACAAAAUCAACAACCCAAUAGCCCCCCAAGAGCCAGCAUUUUUAAAAAGGGUGUAAGAUGUAGAUCAAGUCAAGACCUGGCUGAAAAGGAACAUUUUUGCCUGGCGCCUAAAGGUGUAUAGUGAAGGCACCAGGCGAACUUCCCAGGGGAGCAUUCCACAGACAGGAAGCCACUGCAGAGGAGGCCCCGGUCUCAUUUUGCCACCCCCUGAACCUCUCAAGGAGGAGGCACACGAAGGAGGGCCUCAGAAGGUGAUCUCAAGGUCCAGGUAGAUUCAUAUGGAAACAGGUGGUCCUUGAGGUAUUGUGGUCUUGAGCCGAAUUCAGAAGCCUUAUUAUUAAAGUCUACUGCACAACCUGAGGCCUGGCUGUGUUAAUCAAUACUGAAGGCAUUCUGUAUGCAAACACACCAAAGGCACAUCUAGCACAACUUUCUGUUCUCACAGCAGCCAUGCAGAAUGCUGGUUUGAAACCCACAGGCAGGACAUGAGCGCAACAGCACUCUCCUGCUUGUGAUUCCCCACAACUGGAAUUUGGAAGAAUUUUUCUAAUCAAAAACAUAUGCAGAAUCUCGUAGCUGACUGCUGCAAGGAAAUAAGAAACAAACGUGAUUUUGUUUUCUUGUCUUCAGACUGCCUUUUUAAGGUAUGUCCUAUGAACCGAUACUCUGCACAGAAACAAUACUGGAAAGCCAAGCAAGCAAAACAAGGGAACCACACGGAAGCUGCAUUGCUGAAGAAGCUGCAAGUAAGUGGCACUUGAGCUCCCAGUCUUUGUUGCCUUUUUAUGCAGCUGUUUGUUAGUGCCAUGAUGCACAGCUGUUAGUUCUUCAGCAGCUAAGCCCAAAUUACUUUCUCCCAGCUGGUAAUUCCACUGAGCUGAGAAACAGCAAAUUUAGAUGACUCAAAACUGCCCUGUUUUGUUUCAUCUAAGGACUAUUCUGUCUCCCUUCUUAAUCCCAGAGGUGGCUCACUGGGUGUGCCAGAGUCCCUGCUAGUUCCUGACAGGUGGAUUGCUGUUGCAUACUGGGAGGGAGAUGGGUGAGGUGGCUGGGAGGUUGGUCUGGUGCAAGUAGAAUCAUAGAAUCGUAGAAUCAUAGAAUCAUUUAUCACCCCUGUUAUACAAAAAUCUCCAAAUGAGUCUGAACUUCAUAGAAUCAUAGAGUUGGAAGAGACCACAAGGGCCAUCGAGUCCAACCCCCUGCCAAGCAGGAAACACCAUCAGAGCACUCCUGACAUAUGGUUGUCAAGCCUCUGCUUAAAGACCUCCAAAGAAGGAGACCACCACACUCCUUGGCAGCAAAUUCCACUGUCGAACAGCUCUUACUGUCAGGAAGUUCUUCCUAAUGUUUAGGUACAUAUGUACUUAAGUACAUAAGUAGGAGUGUGGGAUUGUCUCUGCCAAUGUGUUUGCCCCAUCCCAGCUCCCCCCACCCACUGCCUUGCCUUUCAUCAUCUCCCAGAGCUACAAUUACCAGAGUGGUUCAACAAUUGAUCUCUCUUUCCAGGUAACUCUGAGAAGUGUAGCUCUGUGAGGAAAAUAAGUAUCUCUCAGCCCCUUAUAAACUGCAGUUCCCAAUAUGCUUUAGGGGAAUCCAUGAUGGUUUAAAGUAGUAUCACAGUCCUUUAAAUGGAUAGUGCAGAUGGGGCCAAAAGUAAGAGUUCUAUCUGUUGUUCUCCCUACCUUUGGAUCUGGCCCUACCAGUCUUCUGCCUUUCACUCCACACACCUUUAGCAUGUGCCCCCCAGAAGGGUUGCCCCUAAUAAUAAUUAUAAUUAUAAUUAUACUUUUAUUAUUUAUACCCCACCCAUCUGGUGCUCCGUCUGAAAAAAAUCCCCACACACUCCAGUGCUAAAGCUUGAGAGGUUGAGUUCAUGUAACAGUUUGUGACUUAAACUACAAAAACAAAACAAAAACUCCAAGAAACUGUGACUAUUUUGCAGCAUGCUGCAGAACUGGAACAAAAGCAGAAUGAAUGUGAGAACAGGAAACUGCUGGGUGAAAUUGUGAAGUACAGCAACGUCAUACAGGUGAGCCUUUGAAAACUAGACUGUCAGUUUCUCAAAACCUCAAGGUGAGCAGAAGUUUAAAUAUAUCAGAAAUGGCAUGGAGUGUGAAAAGAUUACAUACCUCCAUGCCAUACCAAUCAGCCCUGCAGUGGGAGUUCCCCACAGCGGAUUUUUUGAUGUGUGAAAUCAGUAAGCAUUGCCUAGAGCAGGCUUCCUCAACCUCAGCCCUCCAGAUGUUUUUGGCUACAACUCCCAUGAUCCCAACAUCUGGAGGGCUGAGGUUGAGGAAGCCUGGCCUAGAGGCAGAGAAGAAAGGGCAGGGCUCCUUUGCCUUUAACGACAGUGCAGGGGAGACUGUUUCAGGAAGCACUGUUUUCCUCACCGCAGCAUGACAAGUUGCACCACCCCAGUGUCAUCUCCUGCUCCUCUGUACCCCACCUUCCCUUAUCUCUCUUUAUCUUGUGUAGAAAUGUAAACUGUAAGCACCUGGGCUUACAGGGGACAUUUCUCUUUGUUAUAUCACUUAGUAUACUUAGACUACAAUUCCCAUCAUCCUUGACCGCUGGUCCUGCUAGCUAGGGAUAAUGGGAGUUGUAGGCCAAAAACAUCUGGAGGGCCAAGUUUGAGGAAGCCUGACUUAGUAGAACAACAUUUAUGGCAUUAUAUAAAUAAUACACAUGAUUAGUGGCAAAGGAGGCUCAUAUUCCUUUGCACUUGGUCACCAUAAGAAACAAAUGAAAAAAGGAAGAUAUGGUGGAAAUUGGGCAUGUCAAAACUGAAAAUCAGAAGAGUCAUAAAUUAUGGUCUUUAGGCAGUAGAUAGAGUGGUACGGGGUAGCCAACAUGGUGCCCUGCAGAUGUUGUGGGACUCCCGUCAGUCUCAGCCAAUGAUCAGGGUGCUGAACUUCUUCAUCAACACAGAGUGUGCACAGCGAAUGGAUCGUAGAAAUAAAAAGCUGUCCACAGUAUCUUUCCUUAGUUUUAUUUUCAAAAACAUAAUAGCCAAACGCUGCAAGCCAUCACUCCUCCUCACCAGCAGCUUACAAGACAUUUGAUCAAAUUAAAUACAGUUUAAAUUAACCAAUUAUCCUAUCACAUCCCCUUCUGCACCUGGUGCAUUAAGUGCCGUAUUUUUCGCACCAUAGGACGCACCGGACAAUAGGACGCACCUUGUUUUAGAGGGGGGAGAGCAAGAAAAAAAAAAUCUCCCCCUCUCUGCCCAGCGUCCCUUCAGCGAAGCAGCAGGAGGCGCUGCGCAGAGAGGGGGAGAAUUUCCCCCCUCUUGUUUUCCCCCUCUAAAACAAGGUGCCGUUUAAGGUGCGUUCAGGCGGCUACCUUGGAAGCCUGGAGAGCGAGAGGGGUUGGUGUGCACCGACCCCUCUCGCUCUCCAGGCUUCAGGUUCCUUUCAACCUGCUCUUUGGGGCUGGCGGGGGGAAGCCCACCACCAGCCCCAAAGAGCAGGUCGGGGAGCAGCGGAAAGGCGCGCAGCGGAGAGGCUGCUGCCAUAGUCGCGCGUCACCUCUCCAGCCGGGAGAGGUUCACGGGCUUCUUUAGCACCGUGCACGCUCUCCCGGCUGGAGAGGUGGCGCGCGGCUAAAGAGGCUCCUGCCAUAGCCGUGUGUCACCUCUCCAGCUGGGAGAGGGUAAGCGGGGUUUCUUUAGCCCCGCGUGCACUCUCCUGGCUGGAGAGGUGGCGAGCGGCUAAAGAGGCUCCUGGCAUAGCCACGCGUCACCUCUCCAGCCGGGAGAGGGUCGCGGGGCUAUGGCGUCUUCGCUCCAUAGGAUGCACACACAUUUCCCCUUCAUUUUUGAAGGGGAAAAAGUGCAUCCUAUAGAACGAAAAAUACGGUAACUCCCCUUUUAAUUAGGCAAAAAGUCGAGAGACCACAUGUGUGCAGCCAAGUAGGUCAACCUGCAAACAUACACCUCUGAAACCAACCUGGUUCCUGAGUAGCAUAAUAAUAAUAAUAAUAAUAAUUUAUUAUUUAUACCCCGCCCAUCUGGCUGAGUUUCCCCAGCCACUCUGGGCGGCUCCCAAUCAAGUGUUAAAAACAAUACAGCAUUAAAUAUUAAAAACUUCCCUAAACAGGGCUGCCUUCAGAUGUCUUUUAAAAAUAGGAUAGCUGCUUAUUUCCUUGACAUCUGAUGGGAGGGGGUUCCACAGGGCGGGUGCCACUACCGAGAAGGCCCUCUGUCUGGUUCCCCGUAACCUCACUUCUUGCAAUGAGGGAAAAGCCAGAAGGCCCUUGUUGCUGGAUCUCAGUGUCUGGGCUGAAUGAUGGAGGUGGAGACGCUCCUUCAGGUAUACAGGACUGAGGCAGUUUAGGGCUUUAAAGAUCAGCACCAACACUUUGAAUUCUGCUCGGAAACGUACUGGGAGCCAAUGUAGGUCUUUCAAGACCCGUGUUAUAUGGUCUUUCUUGGUGGCCACUCCCAGUCACCAGUCUAGCUGCCAUAUUGGAUUAAUUGCAGUUUCUGGGUCACCUUCAAAGGUAGCCCCACGUAGAGCGCAUUGCAGUAGUUCAAGCGGGAGAUAACUAGAGCAUGCACCACUUUAAGAUAAAGAAAAACCAACACAGGGAUGGUGGGAGUUUGCUCCCAACAAUGUCUGCAGGGUGUCAUGUUGGCUACCCCGGGAGAUGGUUAACCAGACAAAAAAAAGUCAGGUGGGUAUUCAGUCGUACACUUAACCACCUAACUAACAUCUUGUUUUAUGAUUGCUGAAUAACAUGUCGCCUUCAGCCAUGCAAACUCCCAUGUUGGAUUGUUUUGAGCUGAUGUUUUGAUAAUUGAAAUUAUUCCCAGUUACAAUGAUUUGCCAAUGAGCAGGUUGUUAAACCCACUUGAAAUAUGUUAAAACAUUGUGUUUUUUCAGACUGUCAGAAGUAAUUUCAUGUGUAAGUUUAAUUUCUCUCAAAAAAUGUUUGCCCUACUAACUGUGAUAUCACAGCUAUAAAUCUGGCCUACAUAUCUUCUGACCUCCUGAGCUGAAUGCUUACACUGUUGCCAGCCAGGUGUUUGACAAUCCUUCUGUGUGUUUCUUGGCUGGCUACAACAAGCAUUAAUCCUUUGGUGUAAGGGAGGCCUCAUUGUGGGUUGAGUUGUGGCCAAAGUCUUCAUCCAGAACACAUGUAUACAUUCAUUUGUUUUAUUAUUAUUUACAGCUACUUCACAUAAAAAGCAACAAAUACCUUACAGUGAAUAAGAGAUUGCCAGCCCUAUUGGAGAAGAAUGCUAUGCGGGUCUCUCUGGAUGCUGCUGGGAAUGAGGGGUCCUGGUUUUACAUCCAGCCCUUUUGGAAACUGAGGAGUGAAGGUGACAAUGUAAGUGAAUGAAAUAUGUUUCUGGGAAUUGCUGGAAUAGGCACUGUUACCACCUCCCCAUCUUUCUAGGACUAGAUGUCUUUGUAUGACCCUUGUUGUGCAGCGCUUGUUGCUCUGCUCCAUAAUGCAAUGUGCUUAAAUCCUGAUGCAGUGCAUCUUGGGAUAUUAUUCUAAAAGGUGGUUUGGGACAGAAAUCAUAUUCAAGGGAACUGAGCAAGUAAGAAGGGGAGACCUAAUGGGCUAUUAACACCUGAAGAGCUCUGCAGCAUCAGACCACAGGCCUAUCUCAUGCAGCUUUUUGUUCUCUCAAAGCCCAUCCAGAUGCCUUUGAGAAGUUGCAAGGAAGUCAUGAGUGCAACAGUACUUCCCUUGCUUGUGAUUCCCAGCAACUGGUAUAUGAAGGCAUGCUGCCUCUGAAAGUUGAGGGAGAGCACAGCCAUUGUUUCAUUUGCUAGGUAACCAGCCCUCUUGCCAUCUAUAGUUCCCCUUUAACUUGCCCUAAGUGUAUUUAUUUACCGUAUUUUGCGCCCCAUAGGACGCACUGGCCCAUAAAGCGCACCUAGUUUUUUUGGGGGGAAAAUAAAGAAAAAAAAUAUUAUUCCCCCCCCAGGCGCGGGGCUGGGUCGGGGGAAGCCCGAGCUUCCCCCGACCCCAGCCCCCAGAACAGGCUGCUCUGCGCAAGCUGUGGGAGCCCUCCCGUGGCUUGCGCAGAGCUACCCGAGGCCCCACACGACUGCAGAGCGCACCGGGGCUUCGGGAUAAGAGGCAGCUCUGCGCAAGCCGGGGGAGGGCUCCCACGGCUUGCGUGGAGCUACCCAAAGCCACGGCGUGACUGCUGAGCGCGCCGGGGCUUCGGGAUAAGAGGCAGCUCUGUGCAAGCCGGGACAGCCCUCCCGCGGCUUGCGCGGAGCUACCCGAAGCCACGGCGCGACUGCCCAGCGCGCUGGGGCUUCGGGAUAAGAGGCAGCUCUGCGCAAGCUGGGGCAGCCCUCUGCCGGCUUGUGCAGAGCUACCCGAAGCCACAGUGCGACUGCUGAGCGCGCCAGGGCUUCGGGAUAAGAGGCAGCUCUGUGCAAGCCGGGGGAGGGCUCCCGUGGCUUGCGCAGAGUUUCCUGAAGCCUGGAGAGCGAGAGGGGUCGGUGCUCACCAACCCCUCUCGCUCUCCAGGCUUCAGCGAAAGCCUGCAUUCGCCCCAUAGGACACACACACAUUUCCCCUUCAUUUUUGGAGGGGGAAAAGUGUGUUCUAUAGGGCGAAAAAUACGGUACUUGCUAGGUUCUGUACUGCCCAAUGGCCAUAGAGCUCUGGGUGGCUUACAGUAAUGGUUGAAAUCAUAAAAUCGAACAAUGCACCAGAUCUACAGCAAAAUAAAACGGCACAAUAUAAAACUAGUGAUGGUUAGCAGCAGUGAAAAGAUCUAAGAAGCACUAAAAUGUUGCUAAAACACCUGAGAGAAUAAAGACCUCAUCACCUGCUGUGGAUAAAACCACAGAGUAGGCACUAGGCAGACCUUUCUGGGAAGCCAUUCUGUGGCUGUGGUGUCACCCCUGAAAAUACUGUCUUUAGGCAGCAGCAGUGGUAAUGGGUGAGGAAAGGAAAAGCCCUUUGUGGCCAGAUAGCAGCCACCCCUGGCUAGAUUCAGUCACAGGGUUAGUAGUUACUGACUUCAGACAUGGAACCAAUUAUUUCACUAACAUGGAAGUGGGUUUUUUUUUAAUAAAAAAAUAUUAUUAUGCUUGAUUUCUACUUUCAGUGAAUUUUAAAUUAUUGAUUCAAUUCUGCAGGUUUGUUUUCUCUGACCUUACAUGGCUGUAAGUAAUGUUUUUCUGCAGCAUGGCAUGCAAGGACACUUUACAUUAAGUAAAAAAGGGCAUCACAUUCUUAUUGGAGACGUUCUGGCUUUAAAAAAUAUAUAACAAAUAAUAUGUGUUUAUUUCUAUCCUUGUUAAAAAAAAUGCCAGGAAAAAAUAGUGACUCCAAACCAGUAUUUCUGACUUUACUUAGGGUUGGCAAUUAACUGGUCAAAUAUUGUUAGACAAUAGUCUUUCAAAUGUUAAUAAAAUUAUGCUAAUUAAAAAACCCAACUACUUGCUUCUAGAAAAGACAACAAGAUGCCAUCCCUCCUUGAGGCUUUAUAGAGCUUUGCAGGUAUGGUGAGGACUUCUGACCUUGCCAUAAUGAUUAUUGCCUUCCUAUGUUUGCUUGGUGCCUUCUCCUAAACCCUUUCCUUAUCCUGCUUGGUGAUGUCUUUGUAAUCUCUCACUCCGUAGGUCCUAAGGGGUUUAGGUGGAAUAAAACUUGCAAACAGUUAAGGGAACUUGUGUCAUUCUAACUAAAGAAAAAUUGUUCACAGUAAUUGCCCGCAAAGAGCUCAAUAAAUAAUUUGUCUAAUAAAUGAACAGUGCGGCAUUCUCCUUUGAGUGCAAGAGAAAAUUAGAAAUUUCCUGCUUACAAACCUUGUUGCCAGCCUGUUCAAACUUUUUUUUAAUCCACAAAGGUGCUUCAGAGUUGUUUCUUUUCAAAUUGCAUUAGUACCAAAGUGGCGGACAACCACAGCAAAUGGCUUAUUUGUAAUGCAGCUUGAAUGACAUAACCCUUAUCCAAGGUGAUUAAUUAGCUGCCCAUUGGAAUAAGCUUCCAUUUGCGUCCAUUGAGCUCUGCACUGAAUGAUUCUACCCUAAUGAGUGUUCCAUCUCCAAUUACUGGCACUCAUGCUGUAUGGCUUAACUAGGAGGAGAAAGAGCAGAAACUCUCCAGAGAGAGAUUAAAGUUGCAGGACAAUGUGAGUGUCAAAGUACUAGGAAGCAAGGAGCCUUCAAUAUUGUUUGUUGAGUGACCCCAUGAUUUAAUAAAAGCUAAUGUGUCACUCAUCUACAUAAGUAUUCUUGAAAAUAUUUGACCGUCCUCAAGCUGUAACCAACCAGUUGCCAGAAUUUAGUCAGCUGAUCUGCAUUUUUACGCCAGUUCUACUGGAGCUACAUAAAUUAUGAAUUUUGCUUUCUGUCAAAAUGUUGGCAAAUGGGUUAAGGAGCAAAGAUAUUUGUGCAUGUGUUGCAAAGAAAGCAUGGAUCGUGUUCACCAUUCAUAUCAGUCACUUUGUGGUUCUAGCUUGUGUGUAUAAUUGUUCUGUAUGAUGGAAUGUACACUGAAUUGUUGUGGACUUUGCCAUCACCUGUAAUUAGAUCAGAUCUUGUAAUUAGAUCAGAUCUUGUAAUAUCUUACUCCACUGCAUCUUAAGAUAUUUCUCGUCUUCCCGCAUAGAAAUUCAUACAAUGCAAAUGAUCUCUUUGUUUUUAGGUGGGAGGCAGUUUGAGAGGCCAAGUAUCCAAGAACCAAUUGUAUAUAAUACCAUACCAGCAAAUGGAUAUAGCUAGGAAUGUCUUUAAGCAGAGGCUUGACAACCAUAUGUCAGGAGUGCUCUGAUGGUGUUUCCUGCUUGGCAGGGGGUUGGACUCGAUGGCCCUUGUGGUCUCUUCCAGCUCUAUGAUUCUAUGAUUCUAUGAAUGGAACUAUCAAUCUGUUUACCUUAUUUUGGACAUUCAUUUUUCUGUUUUUCAGCUGACAAUGUCUUACAUCAGUCAAUAAAGGUUUAAAAGCAAUGAAACAAUAUAAUCAAAACAAAUAGAGCAGAUGAGUGCCAGACUAGAUUUAACACAUUUUUAGAGUGUAAUUAUUAAAAUGUACAGAAUUCACUGUAGCGUAUGUUGUGAGCACCUUGGGAGUGUUAGUCCUGAAAGGCAGCACAUGUCUGCUGAAAGCAAAGCAACAGUCUAAAAAUGUGAAGAAUGAGAAAAACCUGGGCAAAUGAGAUUGGUUAGGAAAUCACAGAAAUCUGUGGUAAAAGAGGCAGUCCAGAUCACUAGAAAUCAACAGAAUUUUGCCACUGAUUUUAAUGUGAUUGUAUUUCUGUAGUGCUCCCCCCCCCACAAAAAUGACUUAAGAAUCUGGGGGUAGCUGUCAUAAUGUGGAAUGUUCUGGAUCACACUAGUAAAAAGUUGCCUUUGCAGGAACCCCCACUCCGCUUAGAAGUUUGUCUGUGUGUUUUUAAUCCUUAUAUGAUUUUAAUAUAUGGCCAUUUUUCACAGUAACAGAUUGUCAUUUAUUUAUAAACUUUUAAAAUAUAUUAGCUAUUUUAAUUUCCAGAGAUAAUAUAUUCUCCCAAAUUAAUUCUAUAUAUGCUUCUCCAGGAGUAAGUCCUGUUGAACUCAGUGGGCCUUACUUCUGUGUAGGCACAUAUUAGAUUGUACUGUUAACUUUUUGUUCAGUUUGUUCAGAUGUAUUACGUAAUCUUGGAUGUGAAAUUGUUUUUAUACAUACAUUUAUUUAUUCUUUUUUAAAAAAUGAGAUUGUUUUAGAUAUGUUUUUAUUGUUGUUUUUAGAUGUUUCAUAGGAGGUGACUCAUAAAUUAAAGGAAAUAAAUAAAUAAUGAAAGGGCCAACCACUCAAUUUGCAACGCUCAUUCCAGAAAAAACAAAUUAAUAACCUUUCCAACAUGAUGACCUUCAUGUUCCACAGCUUGCUCACUCUUUCUUAAAAUUCCCAGGACAUUUAUUUAUUUGGAAAACUGAAACCUGAGAUUUCAUAGUUUAUCUAAGGGCUGCCAGAGGCAAAGGAGGACUGGGCUCCUGUACCUUUAACAGGGAAUUUCAGCCAAGUUGAGCUUUUGUAGAAAGAUACAGGAACCUUUUGAUAAAGGUACAGGAAGUCUGCACUCUUUUGCAUCUGGCCACCCUGCAGUUAGCUAUUAUACCAAGCCUAUGAAUGGGGUCUCACUUUAAAUAGGAGGAAAAGGAGAAGGAACUAAACUAAUCAUCCGUGUGAAAGGAAAUUGAAUUACGAUAUAUAACUCCUUUUACAACUUCUGUCCUCCAGAUUGUUGUAGGGGACAAAGUUGUACUGAUGCCAGUCAAUGCAGGGCAGCCUCUUCAUGCCAGCAACAUAGAACUUCUGGAUAACCCUGGGUGCAAAGAGGUGAGUUUGACAGAGGCCUGUGGUUCUGGUAUGUAGAGUUAGAGUGUGGGAUCAGUAGCAGACUGAGAGGAAACUACAACUUGGUGGCAACUAUAGGCAGAAUUAAGAGACUGACGUAGAGUCGCUCCAUGCAAAAGAAGUUAGAGAUUCUGCACCUUUAAUAGUUGUACAGAAGAGGAAAUUUUAGGAGGCCAUGGUAACUACACCUCUCACAUGCCAUUGCUGCUUCCUGCCACUCAACAACACUGUGCUGUUUUUAUUUACUAAUUCUGUUAGGAGGUGAAUGUUUUCUUCUUUUUAACAUGCACCAGAGCACUGGCAUUCUAAAAAUCAGAUGAAAGUGUAUGACUUACUAGGUAAUAGAGAUAGUGGCUGCAUUCCCCCCCCCCCAGUGUGCAUUCUGUCCCAGGAGUGUCUAGGUGGCCGCCGUCUCCUAUUGUUUGUUCUCAACAAUUGGUAUUCAAAGGUAAACUGCCUUUACAUGUUGAGACUUUGGUUAGCUAUCUGAUACUUACCUAUUUAUUUGCAUAUUGUGUUUUGCACCCCAACCUUUCAUCCUGGAACUCAGGGAAGUGUACAUGGAGUUCCCCAGUUAUCUCUCAUCUAGAUACUGAUCACAUGCAAACCUCCUUAGCUUCAACCAGGUUCCUGAAUAUGUGCCUCCAGACCAUGUUCUCUUAUCCUCUGUGAGCUUGACUAUUACUUUUUCCUUUUCCUUUUUAACAGCAACCUAGACAAGUGGUCAUGCCAACAAAGUUUCAUGUAUUUACAGAUAAUUGUUUAAUUCCAGAUUUUUUGGGGGCGGUGGGGUGUCAGUGGCAUAUUAUAAUUUAAAUUGUCUUGAAAACAAUAGCUAUCAUAGUAGACGUUGGCAAGCAUGAGCCUUGUCAGAUUGUAAUGCUCCAGAAGCAUUAGUGUCUGGGCCUUCUGCAACAUAACCUAUAGUUGUUAUCUGUGCAUUUGACUACAGGUAAAUGCGGUCAACUGCAAUACUAGCUGGAAGAUAACCUUAUUCAUGAAAUACAGUUGCUACAGAGAAGAUGUACUCAAAGGUGUAAGUAUGAAUGAGAAAAAUAUUGAUAUUUUUGAAAUGGUAAUACUGGGUUUGUUUGUUUGUUUGUUUGCUUGCUUGCUUUUUGUACAUGAGCAAGAGACCACAAAUCAUGUAGUUUGAAAUUGGUUUUAAAUAGAAUAAAAAUGCACCUGUUCCAUAUUAUCCAUUGUUUUCUUUUGUUCAUUAGCCAUGAAGAGUGAUGAUUUUGUUGCAUGAGCAGCUAACCUGCUGGUACAGAGCUGCAACAAUAGCCUUCCACUAGAAAGGGAGGGAGAAGGUGGUAAUGAAGUUGGGGCUAUGUGGGCACACGACCAUAAGAACAGGAUUUGGCUCCGCCAGUGCAUCGGCACAACCCCAAAUUCUCAACUACCUCACACCUCUCUUUCCUGGUACACAGCAGCAGCACUGCUUCACCAGGCAAGCUGCUUGUGUUUCAUUGCAAAGUAUGCGAGCAAACUGCAUCCAUCUCCUCUUCCCCCUUUAAUGAAUUGUUAUUAUUUCUAAACUGCCCUUCAUCCCAGAAUCACAGGGCAGUUUCAACGUAAAAAGACAAAAAUAUACAACAUAGUAACAAACAAAAGCAAUUCCACCCCACCAGUUUAAAAUGGCAUAUAUUGUUUAAAUUAAAUUAAAUUAAAUUAAAUUAAAUUAAAUUGCCAAAGGCCUGGUAGAAGAAUAUUUUUGCCUGGUGUCGAAAGAUAUGUAAUGAAGGCACCAGGUGAGCCUUUGUGGGGAGAGCAUUCCACAAGUGGAGGAGCCACCGCAGUAAAGGCCUGUUCUUGUGUUGCUGCCCUCCAACUAUAAUGUUUGACUAUAAUAAAGGGAAGACCUUGGUUUCAAACACAUCAUGGACACCUUAAUCAUUAUAUAAAUUGUAUAGACACUUGAAUCUAACAGAGAAGUAUUCUUGCUACGAUAACUUUGGCAAAGCUUCACUUUUGUGUUUGUGUUUCUUCAGGGAGAUGUUGUCAGAUUGUUCCACGCAGAACAGGAGAAGUUUCUGACCUGUGAUGAGUAUCAGAAGAAGCAACAUAUCUUCCUUCGCACAACACUGCGUCAGUCAGCCACUUCUGCAACUAGUUCUAAAGCUCUGUGGGAAAUAGAGGUACUGUGUGAUGCUUCUGAUGUUUUCCCUAGCUUGGAUUCAGAGAGUUCAUAAUAUUUACCUCCUAAAGGGUAGUGUCCAAGCAUUCUCUUUAUGUGAUAGAUCUCAUGCACUACUUCUGCAGGUGGUGCAUCAUGAUCCAUGCCGUGGAGGAGCAGGGCAAUGGAACAGCCUAUUCAGAUUUAAACAUCUAGCGACUGGAAACUACUUGGCUGCAGAGGUAAGAGUCACAGACAGUUGAAUGUGGUAGAGGAUGAAUAACUGGGGCUGACUAAACAGGGCAGAGCCUUUGCUCUUUUGCAAUUGUCACUGGGCCAGGUUGUAUGUUGUUCUGAGAGCAUGGAUCCUGCUGGAAAGCCAGACUGCACAGGCACACCUGUGUAAUGGGCUGUCUGCCUGAUUUAGACUGGAAAUAACCAUGUUGUUGUUGGGAAGUUUCUUCAUGGUUACUGCCACCCUUACUGGUUGCUGCCAUCCAGGGAGCCCCUCUUCUAAGCAACCCAUUGAGUGACUGAGGCAGCCAUGCAGCUUGGUUUCUGAAGGGCAGCUAUGCCACCUGGGUGCAACUCUGUGAAGAGAGUGAGACUAUCCUGCUUCUUCAGCUGCAAACGUCUAAUCUUGAAAGUGCCUCAGGAGGACAUGGUGGCUCUUCUCCCCACUUCUUAUGUGGAGGGGGAACUAUGGAGAAAUGCUAGCUAUACAAACAUCAACUCCAUUGUCAUGGUGCAUUUCAUGAGUUAUCAAAGGAUGAUUUGAGGAUCAGAUAGGAGAAAGUGACAGAAUGGAUAGCUCAGUUGGUUAGAGUGUGGUGCUGAUAACACCAAGAUUGCAGGUUUCAUCCCUGUAUGCGACAGCUGCAGAUUCCUGGAUUGCAGGGGGUGGACAUCAGGGUUCUUUCCACUUCUACAAUUCUAUGAGAUUGCUUCUGUGAGAUUGCUUGCUGCUUUCCCUUCAGUAUGAUGGUUUAGUUUUAGGCUCAAUGUGCCCUGAGAACCCCUAAACCCUCAUAUUCACGGGGUGUGUGUGUGUGUGUGUGUGUGUGUGUGUGGCUUCUGGUAAUUCCUUGAUUCCUCCAGGAAAAAGUCCAGAACUCUCAUCACUUACCAAGUAUUAUGUUUGUUCGGCCUUUUAGUUACAGAGCCCCUUACAGUUCUGUCUCUCUCUUCAGGGAGUUCACUUGGCUUAUCAAUUACUCGCCUUGCAGUCAUGUCCUUCUUCAGUGUUGCUUCUAGUAUGCUACAGUGUCCUACAGUCUUUAACCUUUGAGGCCUUACUCUGCAUCCCCCAACUGCACCUUCUCCCUGUAUGCACUGGUGGAGGAAGAGGAGUGCGGGGGGAGCGUACCGCCCCCGGCAGUGCGAUCCCGGUAGGGUGCCUGCUCUCUGCCCCCCCCCCCCCCGGUUCCGGAGGGUGAAGCUCCACCACUGCCUGUAUGCUCUACUGAGCAUUGUACAUCCUUACAGUGCUGCAGAAUUAAAAUGUCCCUCACUUUCAGGUAGGACUAUUGUGGGCACAUAUAUUCUGUAGUGAAAAUGUUGCUUUUUGAUGAAUCCCAAGUAGGUGUGCUUAGUAGUCCCCCCCCCCACCUGUUCUUCCCUUACGUCUAAACCUUUUGUUAGAUUGAUCUCUUUCACUUUUGUGUCUUGCGCCCAACUCUUAACCUGGAAGCCCAGAAAAAUGUGCCAAGAUAAGACAUCUAUUUGUCUUAUCAAAUCAUUUGGGGACUGCGGAUAUCUAGAAAAACUGCAAUAUAAAUAAGUCAGGCAAGUCUCAGUGUAGUGGAAAGCCUUUUAUGUUUGGCUUAAGGUUAGAUUGUAAAUUAUCUUUCUUCUUCUUUGGCGAUCAUUCAUAACUGAGUAAGAUUGUCUUCCAUGAACACAGUCUUAACAGUGAGUCCGUAAGUGACUGUGGAGGCCAAUUCUGCAUCCACACGUCCUUCCAUAGUGGGGACAAAACCAGACCAGACCAGGAACAAAACAAAACCAGACCAGACCAGGAAAGAACAGGAAAGAACAAAUGUUACAGAAAAACUUGUGCAUGAGGCCAAACUAGAAAGUUACACUAAUCCCUUUUUGGAAAGAAUGACUUACUAAAGUUUGGGAUUCGGCUAUAAUGGAGAAAGUAACAUCUUAUCUAAGAGCGAGAAUUGCAAGUGAAUACAGAAAUAAAUUCUCGGAAAACUUGUUGCCUCUUAUAUAAUUACUUCCCAUGAAAGCAAAUGCAAGUACAGUGGUACCUCAGGUUACAGACGCUUCAGGUUACAGAUACUUCAGGUUACAGACUCUGCUAACCCAGAAAUAUUACCUCGGGUUAAGAACUUUGCUUCAGGAUGAGAACAGAAAUCGUGCAGUGGCGACGCAGCAGGAGCAGGAGGCCCCAUUAGCUAAAGUGGUGCUUCAGGUUAAGAACAGUUUCAGGUUAAGAAUGGACCUCCAGAACGAAUUAAGUUCUUAACCCAAGGUACCACUGUAUGUUUUGAGGGUUUUUUAUAGGAUAAAUAUUGUAAUUUUAUGUUAAGUCAUAUUUUCUUUCAGAACAUUAUGACCUGAAGUAAUUUUUUCUGGAGCAGUUCUGCUUAUUAUUGUUAAUAUUUGUCAGAUGUUUAAAAGAAUUAUUUAAAAAAGGGAA